CAUUCACAUCAGUGGUUGGCAACUACAUACUUUUUCAAUAUUGCAAAAACACAGAAGACUGUUAGUGCUGUGUAUAUUUCUGACUUGAUGAACUCACUCUGUCCUAAGUGCUUUGUCAAGACCGGAACACAGGCGUUUCAAGCAGACCUAAGCAACCUGCGCUUUUAGCUUCAGUAAGACCUUACACCUCUUUUUUGUCUUUCUCACAUUGACUUCUAUUAAAAUGUCAUGAUGAUAAAAUGCACAUUUUAAUAGAAAUCCUGUGCAAUACAAAUGCAAAAACCCAUCAGACCAGAGUCGUUCCUGGUUUAAUUACACAGAAUCUCUUUUACUCCUCAGCAUCUUCUACUUUGGGUUGUGGUUUCUGUAUCUCCGAUUCCAUCCCUGGCAGACUUGUUCUCCUACGUGCAGCCGUCUCGAUCUUCUGCACCAGUUCCACAUCCCACGCAUAAGAAACAAAGCUAAGCACCUCACCAUCCUCCACCCCUCCUGCUCUCCCCACUCUCCCUGCCCUGUGAAUGUAGUCUGUGUGAGAUUCAGGGAAGUCAUAAUUGACAACCAAGCGAACUUGAGAUGUGUCCAGACCCCGUGAAGCAAUAUCUGUGCAUACCAGCACAUCCACCGUUCCUUUCUGGAAGCCACGGAAGAUUCCUGUGCGCACAACAGCGGGCAUCUCCCCUUGCAGCCGUGCGUGCUUGAUCCCGAUUUCAUCCAGGGAGUACCCCAGCCAGUUGACGGUGGAGGACUUGUUGCAGAACACUACUGCAGGACCUCCCCCUUUUUCAUGCUGGAGCAUCUUCAGCGCUUGGUGGAGCUCAAGGACUUUGUCAACACCCUUCACCUUCAGGAAAGUCUGCUUCACAUGAGGCAUGAGGUAGUGCAGCAUCUUGCUCUUUAUAACCACCAUGCUGCCCAGGUCUGUCACCUGGCUGAGCACUUCCCCAACACCACCAGGAAAGGUAGCCCCCACCACCAGCAGCUGAGCUUUACGGGACAGGCCUUGUGUUUCCUUGGGAUCUCUUGCAAUGUUUGUGCGUUGCAGAAUGUCUUGCAGCAUAUCAGCAAAGCUUGGGUCAAACAUGGUGUCAGCCUCAUCUACCACAAAGAAGCUCAGCUCGCUUAAGUCCAGGCAGCGUCUCCGCAAAGCCUUGAUCAGAGCGCCUGGUGUGGCCACUAAAAUAUCAGGCUGACUGUGUUUAAAUACACUCUUGAUGUGUCCUACGCCUCUCCCACCACCAACAGUCUUUGUCAGAAACCCAAAAGGAGCACAGAGAGCUCUGGACACAGCUGCCACCUGCUCGGCCAGCUCUCUGGAAGGCACGAUAACCACAGCAUGAAUCCUGUGUCCCUCCACAGCAUCCAUCUCUGACUUCUUCUCAGCCUGCAGUCUUUGAAUUAUGGGUAGGAGGUAGCUCAGCGUCUUCCCGCUGCCUGUCUCUGCAGCACACAGAAUGUUGCGCCUACUCAUAAUCUUUGGGAUGGUCUGUAGCUGCACAGUGGUGGGGUUGGUAAUGUUCAUGCUGUUUAACACUUCCAACAGCUCCUUACAGAUGCGGAGUUUACUGAAAGCCUCUGUUGUUGUUGUCGUCGUCUGUUCAGUGCUGUCUUCCGUCUGACUUUCAGCAACAAAAGGUGCCACAUCCUUGAUGUUGUUGAUGGUGAAAUAGUCCCCAAAUGAUUUGUUAUGUUUCCAUCCUUUGGAGCUGAGAACUGGCUGCUCAAACUUACCGAGUAUGUAUCCCGCAGACUGGUUUAGGACCGGGUUCUUGCUCUGAAUCAGAAGUUUGCCAGCCUUGACAGUGGGUAUCUUGUUUUUGCCUCGAGUCUGUUUCACGUUUUCAAUCUUCUGCUGCAUGUAGCGAGGGAUGCGAAUAACUGGAGUCUCUUCUGGUUUUGAAGCUGUUUGACAGAAACGUGACUGAUAUAAAGAACAUUGAACACGGCAGAUGGCGGAUAAGUUCGUGAAACCAGGACUGAAAAGUCCACUUGAGCACAUAGCUCUUGACGAAGCCAGUGUCGCAAAACCGACCUUCACGGACUGCAUUUUCCUCUUUUUCUGGUUUGUCAGGGGUUAUAGAUCUUCUGGCAAAAAAUGAAGAAAAGAAAAAAGAAGAGAAGACGUCACCCGUAACACACCGGCAAGCGUAGGACAGGUCUUCAAGUAUUGAAUCACAGGUAAUAUGUUAGCAUGUUGCUGCUCUUGACAACUGUCUCGCCAUGCUUCUUCGGCGACUAUUGAUGACGUCAGUGGGUGUGGACUUUGACGUUUAUGUUGAAAGUUUUGUAGUUUUUUGUAGUUUUAGGCUCAGAGACAUAAAAAAUUUCAUCUAUUUAUUCAUUAUAUUUAUCAAAAUAUCAUUUCGAGGUUUGCCUUUGUCAUGUCUUGGAAUGCCGUUUCCGCCUGUUAAAAAGGUGACAAGUUAAAAAAAAAAAGUCUUAUUAUACUAAGUCACAAUAAUAAGAUACUAUCUCAUAAUUAUGAGAUAGUACGUUAUUAUUGUGACUUAGUACCUCAUAAUUAUGAUUUAAUCAUUUUUAAAAGGCUCCUAUAGGGGAGAGUGGGGUAAAAAAAUUUUUUAAUUUACAUGAAAGUGUUACUUAUAAAUUUUACAAACUAAGGGGAGGUUAUAGGGCCUACUUUAACAUAACAAAUUAUCUGAAAAGGGUAUAUGCAGCUUGUUACAAAAGCAAACCAACCAAAAUCAUAGAAGUUCAAAAUUUAGCGCUUGAGGUUUCUUUCUGUCUCUUUUUUCUUUUUGUCCAUCUGUCUAUUUUCGUGUCCUGAACAGGGCACAGAGACAGACUUAAAAUGGCCCAGCUGGAGCUUUUUUUGCAAGAGUGGUAUGAAAUAUGUGUGCACACAUAUAGUAUGAUGAAAAGCAUUUCUCUACCCUUUCUAGGACCUCUCAUAGUUUGACUAUUGAUAUUUAAGUAUCUAUUAACUAUUUUAGUUAAUAUUUUUCACCUUAAAAAAUAAUUCAACUUAGAGGCUACAUCCAAUUUGUCUCAACUUGAAUCUCUAAGGACUGCUUGUCAUGACUCUAUAUUAAAAAGGGAAUGUGCUUUGAAAUGUAAAGAUUGUAAACAGCCUGUUUCAACACAGCCCAAACAGUAUAUUUAACUAAAGCACUGCCUAUGAUGAAGCAAAUAGCUAAUUAUUGUUCAAGAUCUCGAGGUGGCUUAUCCCAGGCUUAGAGUUUCAAUUAAAUACAAAAGGAAUGAAGUAUGAUCUUUUCUUUUAAACUUAUUAUUAAAGUCUUGUAUAGUCCAUGCAUGCUUUAACACUCAAUCAAUCACCUGAUCACUAACCCUAUGAAUCAGCACUGCCUGCAGUGCAGUACUGCCAGAGAUUGUAAUGGAUUAGAGAGGGGUGAGAAAGAGCCCAGUCAUCGACACAACAGUGACCAUCGAUAUCUGCCCACAUGACUUUGAGAUCUGGUCAAUCCUUUUCGGAAGAACCCAGCCUUAAGGCACCAUAAAUACAUUUUUUUAUUUGUUUGGAAAUGGUAGCUAAGACAAAUGUAAGAUACAUAUUUUUUCUUGAUGGUAGAAUAUUUUUUUCUUUUGGCUCACAGCAUGUGGUCUAUGUGUAUGAGUUCCCAAUUAAGGCUAGAGACAGGGCCUCUUUUUAUGUUUUUUUUUUUCUUUCCUGGGGUACUGAGGGGAGAUAAUCCAGUGUUGCUAUUUUGCCACUGGGAAUGAAAACUAAUAAAAAAGAGACUAAUCUAACCAGGCAUGCAUCCAGGGAGGGGACCAAAUGGGGACAAGUCUCUCUGUUUGGCCCUGCCUGCAUGGAGGGCUGUCCUUCAUUUAGCUUGGUUAAAAUAUUUUAUAAUCCUAUUAUAUCAUUCUUUGAAAAUCACAUUAUAUUUACAACCAGCAUGAGGGCAAAAUCAGCUGUCUGCAUCAGUGCUUGCAUUGAUCUUCCCUUCCCAUGUGAUGAAUGAACAAGCCCAUUGAUUGAUUUACUGUGGCUUUAAUACAUUACACACAUUUUCAGUAAUAGACUCUGCCCAUCACAUGUUGGGCAAAAAAUGCUGCGGCAGCUGGAACUGGGUCUGUUUACCAUCUCUUGACAUGAACAAGAUAAACAUACACUGCUUACCUUUAUAGAUUGGAAUCUUCAUAUUUAUUAAACGCAUCAUAAUUACAGAUAUUCCGGACAACAUGAUUAUGGCUUGUGAUUUUCUAAAAGAGGGCAUAUGCUCAACUGUAAGUCAUCCAUGUAAAUAUUCAGUUCCAUAGUGUGAACAAUAGAGGGCAGUAUAAAUCAACCAGGAACAUUUUAAGUCCACUGAAAUCUUCAUCUGAGUUGUGGUAGAGACUUUUCACUGACUCCCAAGUCUAUAGUGUCUCUGUCAUGUAUUUUCCCUCCCAAAAACACAUUGUUUAUAUUGGAUUAAUUAUCCUGGAGAAUGAAUUCAUAUACAAAUUGUCGCCACCAAAUGAAGACAGUCCUACUGCUACCUUUUAGUCACAACAGGAAAAUCAGAGUGUGAAACAACAAACAAAUUAGUUUUUUUUUUUUUUUUUACAUGAAUUUGAAAUGUUGUAGAAAUGCACACAUUAAAAACUCUCUGCUCAACAGUGCAACGGUUGCACAACUCUUUAAUUCUUUAUAAGCUGACGUUCUGAUACAGAGCUGCGUGCAAUUUGAUCUUUGUUGACAUUUAGUGAACAUUGCGUGUGUUGCCAAGGUGCUGUGUUGCAUUUCUGCAGUGUGUGCAAACUAAAAUCCUUGAAAGAGUGACACCUCUCUCAAACAGGACCAGUGUGGGGGCAGAUGCUAUUCUUUUUUCUUCCCUCAUAACUCUCUUGACAAGAACAUAAUAUCACAACCACAUCUACGGCCUCCCACACAAUUUGUUCUCUUUAUCUUCUCCCUUCAAAGGUCAUCUGCACAGAUAAGAGGCACAGGUAACCUCAAUUAGACAUGGGUGGGUCUACACAGGAGAAAGUUCAGGCAUGUCAUGUGACUGCCACAUAUUAUUUUAAUGAUUUCUUUGUAAUAAAAAUGUAUGAUUUAUUUACAGCAUUGACAAUAAUGCAGUGAGUUAAAAUUGAUGUGGUUUGUUUUAAACUAAAACUUUGCGUUCUUUUUAGUCUUUUCUUUUUGUGCACUUUGAAAAUUAUGAUUUGGAAAACCUAAUAUUUAUUGUGCUAAAGGAACAUUUUGAAACUGUGAAUAGUUUAUUUUCCUUUUCUUUUUUGAAACAAAUAUAUAACACAACAUGGCACUAAUCUCUCAGAAAGAUAUUCCAAAGAAAUUACUUUGUAUUUUCCAAAGAUUUACGUCAAACUUAUAGAAAAUCUGGGAAUAAACAGUUACAUAAACAGCUUUUUAAACUGUAUACUAACCAAGAUUUGUGUAAUGUGUUUGUAUAGAAUUAUUUGAUAAAAAAAAUAUCGUGUGUAACUGACUGAAAGCUGUUGCACAUAGUCAACCUUAAAUAAACAAUUUGCUUGUGAAGCAUUUUAAAGGGUAAAUUAUGUCUGACUGUAGAAUUAACUUCAGUUUUCUAAGUGUUAAAGAAGCACGCUUCUGCACCAUAUACAGAAAAUAAAUGAAACACAAUAUUCAUUUGUCAUUGUUUUUGUAAAUCAGUCUUUGAGUGUUAGAAAUAGCAUCACACCGAGUGAAGCUGUGGCUUUAUAUCAAGGACCUGGAAUUUUGAAUGCAGGACACCGACUUCUAAAGCACUGCAAGGAAAUGUCUGUCUGCAGAGAGCUGCUUUAAGAUGGCAUAAAAGUCAAAAAGGGUUAAACUUUGUGCUUUUGCUUGGAAAUAAAGACCACAGGAAAUGUGAUAUUGAUGCUUUCAGAUGCAUUUUAGAGCUGAGCGCCUGUCUGUACGCCCACAUGCUUCUAGCAUAGGUAUAUGUAUUGUGGCUGUGUCAGAAAAAUAAGAGGCUGCUGUCUGCUGUGCAUGCACUUUGUGCUGGGGAUGGACUGAUAUAUGUUUAAAUAUGUGUAGGUAGAAAUUGCUUUGAAUAACAAAACUAAUGGUCUCAGAGGGUUUUAUUCAUUACUCACUUAAAUGUGGAAACAAUGAAAGGAUUGUUGGAUUUUUUCAGUGAAUUGCAGAAUGUGCAAUUUUUUCCUUUCAAAUUGAUCAUAAAAGUCCAAAUAAAUCUUUCAGUCAUUGAUCUGUUUUAAGGAUGGAAAGAGUAAUAGCAGAGUUACUCAUAAUAAAAGUUUAGAUGUUUUAUUACUUUGCUUAUCAGGCCUUAGGUGAAACAUUAAAAACUGACUCAAUAGAGGCAAUACGAACAGCUGCAAAUGUGUGGGUUUACACUGGAUAAACCUGAUGCAACAACAACAACAACAAAAAAAAGACGUUUUACACAAAGCCUCAAUGCCAGUAGUUUUGACUAGUAUUCCAAAUAGAGAAAAUGGAAAACAACCAAAUAUUAAUACAGAGACAAGAUGACCAUUCAAGCUGCAACACAUUAAAGCUUUUAGAGGGCAACAACCUCUGUUGUGCUUACCCAACAAAGAUUAACCUCAGGAGCUUGAUGGGUUGGAAAGUGACUCUGGGGUUAAAGAGAUGGGGACAGCCCACACACAAGACAGAUUUACUAUUACUUUAUCUAGUUGGACAGUAUCUUUUUUCCACCCUGGUUAAAAAAAAAAAAGUUGAAUCGUGAUUUAAAUAAACCAGUGGUAGGAAAGAAUUCCCCAGGAUUAUAGACCAUUGGUACCAAACCUGCACAAUAAGUCCACUCAUUGAUCUGCCAAUAGAUUACAUUUAAGCAAGCACCUUUUUGUAUAAAUACUCAUUUUGGUAACUGUAUUUUCUUUAACAUGGUUGCGAGAUAUUGAUCUGGUUAACUUUUUAGUUUAGUUUUCUGGUAUAAAACCAGAAAAAAAUAUAUAAAAAAUUAAAAUAAAAAACACUUUCAAACCCCAAUACUUCAAGUACACAAACCACAUGCUCUGGGGACAAAAGCACCUUUGUUUUAAGAUGCACAAUGUCCAUUAAUAACAGAAACCAUUGAAUGGAGCUGUCUUUUCAUCCCCAAUAUAGCUCCAUCUACAAGCCUAAAUUAGCUGAUUACAAAUUAAUGGGCCUCUGUGCUGAAAGGCUCAAGGGAUGUAAAGGUAAAAAGUGCAUCAUGUCAUUAUGCCUACCAAUCCUGGCUUGGACUGGAACCAAACAAAGAGGUAGGGUUAAGAGCCAGGCGCAAUCGGAUGUAAUCUAAUGGUGGGUGGUUGGGAUAGAAUGGAGGGCCAAUUAAAUAGAGCAAAGUGCCUGUAAGACCUGGUUACCGCAAGGUCAAAAGGUUUGCUAUGAUAACUCACAAAAACAGUAAGCCUCAACAGUGUAACACUAUAGUAGGCCAGUGAGACAUAAUCGAAAAUUGGAAAUAUUCGGAUAUUUAAACUGAAGUUGUUUAUUUUUUUUACUUUCACUCUACAUCCAAAAUAUGUUUAACAGCACAAGCCUGAAUGAUCUUGUGGUCUUUUAUAGACUGUUUAUUAACUCCAUAGACUGGGGGGAGUGCGUGCGUGUGUGCGUGCGUGUGUAGAUGCGUGCUUGUCUCCUUGUGUUUGUGUGCGUGCCCUGUGUUGUGUCUGCUGACGUCACCGCUGGAACUGCCUUGUCACGCGGGGUUAGUAAAAGUUGGGAUAGGAGCUCCGGAGAGAGGGAGAGAGAUAGUGAAAGAGACCCGGCGGAGAGAGAGAGAGAGAGAGGCAGACACGGGACUAAUUUUUGUUUUAAAGCGAAUGUUUAUCACUUCUACAGAAAGCGCUUCUUUGUUGUAAAACCACUUCGGAAGACCAAGAGAGAGAAGGCAGAAGCAGAGAGGGUUGCAGGAGGCGACUUUCUCUGAAGUUGACGCCAGUAUUUCUCCAGUUGACUGCCGCCGCCGGAGGAAGGACGGACGGAAGGAAGGAAGAGUCGUUUAUAUUUUGGAUUUGUCAACAAGCUCGUGUGCUCAAUGAGUUAAACUGAACUAAAGUUGAACUUCGGCGUCGGUGUACUCGGUAAAUGUUGUGACAUCCUUAAAGGAGAGCAUAAAGUGCUCCAGCGGUCGACAGUCGGUCGAGUAGCGGGGUAAAACCCGAGCUGUCAAACCCGAUGACUACUGCAAACUGCCCCGGGAAUGAGGAGCUGGACUUCAGACUGAUAUUCGGAGAGGACGGGCAGCAGCAGCCGUUAGGCCCCGCAGGUCAGUUUGUUUCCGUUCUUCUUCUUCCCUCAGUGUAAUGUUUCAUACCAACCUGUCUCUCAUGGCACUUCAAAACAUUAUAUGCAUAAUAUGCUUCACAUACUGUCACUUACUCUGUUUAGUUCGCUUAAUUCGGCUGAAUUUCCCCGCCUCAAAACCCAGCAUUUCCACACAGUGUGAAAGAGGAACCGGCGCCUGCAAGAGUUUUUAUUUGAGAAUGGAGAUAUUAAAAUAUCACGCGACCUUUCUAUCGUGGUCGCCUAGCUAAUAUCCACAACACCAGCUGUCAUUAGCUUGACAUGCUAGCAGGGGUAGCACUACUGCUGUUAUUGCCAUAUGCUAAUUAAAUAGAGUUUGAACACAGCUACACGUUUGAAAACACUUCCUAUAGUUUGAGCAGCAGUCGGCUCGUCGGCUUUUACACUGAAAGCUUUGAAAGUUUGGCGGGACGGCAGCAGCAGGUAGUUUGGUUAAUAUGGUGUAAGUGAAGUAUGGCUGAGAGAGACAUUCACACUGGUCCCCCCUCUGAGGCACAUUUCUGCAAAGUAGUAGCACAUGCUAAUGUUGACAAAACUUUUCUUCAUCCUCUGUUGACAAAAUGAGUGAAUCGUAGUGUUGUAAUGUUUUAGUAGUAAUACCAGUAGUUUUAAUCAACUUAUAAUACACAAUCUUUACAGUAAACAGCAGCUGAUGAAAGUGAAAUGUGCUUUAAAUAUAUUGUUUAUUACUGAAUAAAAUAAACAGCAGUGAUGUAAGAAUUUGUACAAAUAACUUAAGAGUUAGAUAUUACAAUAUAAACACAGACAAGAUUAUUUGUUUUUAAAUUUUGAUUGAUUGAUUGAUUGAUUGAUUGAUUGAAGUUUAUUUUGAACAUGUAAAAAAGAAAUAACAAUAAAAAAGUAAAGAAUACAACAACAAAUGACAAAAAGUUAUUCAAGUUCAAAAAGGAGUGGGAAGAAGUCGAGACUUAUCUAGUCCAACCCCUCAUCUACACUAAUGGUUUAAAUAUAUAUCAUAUAUAUAUAUAUAUAUAUAUAUAUAUAUAUAUAUAUAUAUAUAUAUCAUUAUAUAAUAAUAUCUAUGCUCAUAGUGAUAAUGGCAAUAAAAAAAAAUCACCACAGUGAAAAUAACAAACAUCAACAACUAAUUAUUUCUUUUAUUCUGGGUGUGACCAAAAGGAAUAAAUCUAAAGAUUAAUUGAAUGUCUUUAGUAUCCUGCUCGAAUAGUAUCUCCCGAGAUACAAAUUUUACUCCAUUCUAGGCCUGAUACCUGGGGUUGAAGUUAAUGCAAAUUUUAAUUGUUUUAAUAUUUUCACAUGUUUGACACGUAGCAGAGCAUGUUAUCAAGGCUGUCACCUCCAGAAACAUUUUCAACCCAUUAAGUCAAGUUUGCUUUGAAAAUGACUGAGUCUCGGUUUUUGGUUGUACAUUGAAACAUUUGCUCUAGGUGAAAGAUUUUACAAAUUUAAGGGACUUGAAGAGAGGGAGAAAUAUAUAAAUUUUGUUUAAAUCAGCAGAUGAAUGCGGCACUUUCAAUACUGAGAAAGCUGCACUUUGAAAGACAUGGGAACAAAAUGAACUUUUUAAUAGUUUUGAUGCGUGGAUCUAAAAGGGGAUUUUCUCUGCUCUCCCACCCACCCACCUCAGGCUAAAUUUUGUACUUUGAACUUCUAGACAUCUAUAUAGCAAAAUAAAUCAGAAGAAGCAAAAAAUUGGAUGAAGCAAUGUCUCCAUUCAAGGCCUGAUACCUGGAGUUGAAGUUAAUGCAAAUUUAAAUUGUUUUAAGAUUUUCACCUGUUUAACAAGUAGCAGUGCAUGUCCAUCUCCAGAAACAUUUUCAACCGAUUAAGUCAAGUUUGCUUUGGAAAUGACUGAGUCUCCGUUUUCGGUAGUACAGUGAAAAGUUUGCUCUAAUAGAUUUUACAAACUUAAGGGACUUGAAGAAAGGGAGGCGUCUAUAUUUUUUGUUUAAAUUAGCAGAUGAAUGCAGCACUUUCAAUACUGAGAAAGCUGCACUUUGAAAGACAUGGGAACAAAAAGAACAUUUUAAUAGUCUUGAUGCGUGGAUCUAAAUGGGGAUUUUCUCUGCUCUCCCACCCACCCACCUCAGGCUUAACUUUUUACAUUGAACUUCUCGACAUCUUUAUAGCAAACUAAAUCAGAAGAAGCAAAAAAAUUGAUAAAGCAACGUCUGUGUUUAUGAUUAAUGAAGACAUUACAGAUGGUCAUAGUUGUUUUAGCAUGACAGCAGGAAUGAGGUCAGCUAUCAGUAUAAAGAACAUAGUAUUAAGUCAAUAAAUGUAAUAUGCCGUGACUGUAUUGAGCAGUACAUUCUGGAAAACAGUUUUAAUGGAAACUUAACCGUAAAACUAUAAAGGAAUGACUGAAAGCAUGACUGAAAUUUAAAGUCAUGAAGAGGACAUUGCAAAGUUUUUCCAGUUGGUGUAAUUUUACGCCAGUAAAAUAGUUUUGCUUAAUUUUAACAUGUCUUUAAAUUGACCUAAAAUAGUAUCACUGAUGGACAUUUACUGACAACAUCAUUUGAAAACAGCUCAAAGUCGUUGCCUGGGAUCUUAGGUAUGUAUUAUAUCACCCAUCAGGUAACUGGCUUUGGCACCAAAUUGCUUAAAAUGAUGUCGUACAUGUCAACAGAGGACUGACACCAAAAAUAUUCACUGGUUGGUUAUUAUGCUGAUGUUGUGGUGGCGUCGCAGUGUAUAAAUAAACAGAAGUGGCUCUAGUGUCUGUGAAUAAGUUAUUUAAUAUUGCUAAAUACAAAAGUUACCCUGCAAAUGAAAAUAGCUGUUUCUUGGAUUUGAGUAAUAGACCAAGUAAGCAGCUGUUUUGAAUGGCACACAUAUAUAAAUCAAUAGCACUUGUGUUGGUCUAAAUAUUACCGUGAAGUUAACGUUCAUUGGUUAGAUUUGUCCUUUGCCCAAAACUGUUUGAAUCAGUGAAUUUUUGAGUUGAGUCCUUUGCAUGAAAGACUUGGAAAGUAUUCACUUCUUGAAGUUUCUGCCUGUGAAAUCUUAAUUUUUCUGUUAAAAAUGAAGUUUAAAUUGGAGAUGGUAUGAGGACAAAAAACAAGGUUGGAAUUAGAGUAGGAAUAAAAGCACCACUGAGCAAGUGGUUCUAAUCUGUUUCUGACUGUGUGACUUGGUCUAACAGGGGGGAGCUUGUCUGAAUUAAUAACUUGAGUGUAAUACAGGAUCACACUGCCGGAGUUACAGGGAGUUGCACACUUCUAAGUCUCCUUCUCUGAAUGCAAGGAUCAAGUCAGGGCUUGUUUUUGCAACAGCCAGGAAAACCUCUACAGUGAAUAUCUGGCAGGUAUUCACUUCACUGAGCCCCCGAUUGUUGAAUAUCGCUUGAAACCUUUUAGAACUAUGCAGCUAGUUUCAAAACUUUUAAGUCGAAGUGCUGAGAAAAAGAAAGUGGAUGGUGAUGACUUCUACUUGUUUCAAAGUACUGAUCACAUAGACAUCUCUCCUUGUCCAAUUUUUUGCAGUUUUUCCACAUUUUCAUGUUAAUACGUUUGAGCUCUUUCACUUUUAUUGUGGCCAUCUGAAUAGAUGUCUGUCUCUUCCUUUUUUCACUCAGUCUGACUGUUGCUCAGGAAACAGUCAACCCUUUGAGGUGAACUACUCCACUGUUCUUUCCAGAAGCAUUAGGCAAGCUUACUGUAAGGGUUUCCCCCUGAUUAUGUAUGGUGCCAGCUGAAUAAGAGAACAAGACCCUCUUGGAAGUAGCUUAACUAAAGCAAGAGAUUGAAAGUGAUUUAAAAUUCGCAGUUUGACAUAUUGAAUGACUUUUAGAUCAAGGCUAACCAUUUACAAUAUCUGAAACAUCUCAAUCUUUAAAUUGAUUGAAUGUUCUCCAGAGACACUCGUAUGCAAACUCUGUCCAUUGUGAUUUCUUUAGGUUUGCACUGUGGUUACAUCACUGAAAAAAAGGGAUUUCAUUGUUGUUGGUAUUCAUUUGAUACUGUGUAGUUCCUGCAGCUCACUUGGCUAAUGCAGUAGAUGUUGCCCACCUAGUAACAGUGCUAUAUAAAAUAUUUUACUGUUCAUAUUAUUUGUUUUCCAGCUGUAAAAUCAACUGGUGCAUAUCUUUAGCCUGGUUUGAUCAUCUAAGUUUUAACAAAAUUUUUAUCUAAAAUAUUCUCUAGUUAUAUAUUUUGUUUUGGAUGAACAAAGGCCAGUUUAUGGGCAUGAUAUUUUUUUUGUUGAAAAUGUAAUUAUUAGGAUGAUGAAGAGGUCUAAGUCGACUCUGCUGUUUUGCAAAAAUUGUGUAAUAAAUGGAUGAUGUCAAACGAUCUGUAUCUUGAGGCAGACACUACUUCCUCAUAGUAACAGGGCAAAGUUAGUUACCAUCUAUUUCAGUGUUAGUAGGAAUAAAAGAUUAAUGGUUGAUGGAUAAUCAAGUUUUCAUAGAUUUUGCCUUUGAUUAACAGUGUCAAUGAAAAUAUGAACCCAAUUUAUGGCUUUGGUUUUUGACCUGAACAGACGGUUGACAAGUUCUCCAAUCAAUGUUUACUGUGGCAACCAGUUGUUGUCAAGUAUGACAGCCCAGAGAAAAAUGAUUAUACCAGGAACUCUGUUUUUCCUCUGGCUUCCCUGUCGACUUUGUAAUAGGUCCUUAGAUCAUAUCUCCCUCUGUUCACUUCCUUUAUCUCUUUUUCUUACCAUUGCUUUCAUUCAGACCUCCCAUUGUGUGAGUAAAUAAACCCAAAUGGCAGCAUUUAUCCUUCCAGAUUUUUUGUUGACAUAAUAAUAAAAAAGGUGAUCCAACCUAAUCCAUACCUUUCAUAGUUUUUAGUCAUGGUCCAGUAUGCAAAGGCAGCAGCAUGGACUUGCUCACUGUCCAUCUCUUCUGAACAAGGUGUAUGUCUAUCACUUGACAACCACAGAAAACCAUUGUUAUGAAAAGUAAGGACAGUCAGGUGAUAUCAUUCAUACAGACUAAUAAAUCCAUCACUGCUUUUCAAAAGUUCACUGUCAAGUCUUGACGUGAAGAAUUGACCUUUUCCUCAACUUACACCAUCCUACAUGAUCACCAGGGUGUGAGUUUGACUCAUUUUGUUUUAAAUAGACUAAGUUUGAAGUUUUGUUCAUAAAGCAAUCAUACCUUAAGCAUUCAGAAGGUGAUUAAAAAGUUUGCCAUCCAUGAAAGACUCCACUACUACUACUUUACACCAAAGGAAACACAUACUGUUUGUAAAAUCUUGAAGAAAGGUCCCACUGGUAUCUCAGGCAUCAUGUUUUUUGAGAAAUGCUGCUAAAAGUAUCAGUAUUUGACUGGUCCAGCUUGCAUCCUUCUGCGCUCAACAGUAGUAUAUUUUUUUGUUUUGGUGAAUGGACUUUGACUAUUUUUGAGUCAAAGUAUUACAUGUGCAUAUCAUGUGCUACUGUAGGCUGUAGGCUCCCGUACCUUAGAUCAAAAUAGGCAGAGUGAAAACAAAAAAAGGGUCAGACUUGAGAAGCAUGUUGGCCUUGAUUUCAAGAUGUUUUGGUUUUCUUCGUUUACACAGUGGAAUCUUACUGGGUGUGGUCUACAUUAUUGAACUGGAUUUAUUGGUUGUACUGUAGAUACCAAUCAUAGACGGUAAUUUUUUCUUCACAGAUAUAAAUGAAAAUGGCUCAAACCAUGAUGCAAUAAAUUAAAACUUGUUCUUUUCCCCUUUGAAUACCAUUCACCCUUUUUGUGACAAAGUGUCUAAUGUAAAGUGGUGGAAAUAGAGAUUGGGAUGGUUGAAGUUAUGCAGGUCAUGGUCUCAUUGGGUGUUGAAGGUGGUAUGAUGCAGGGGCAAAAGAAGUGCCCUUUAUGGGCGGUAGAGUUGUGGAUCCAUAGCCGAGGUGUCUGGAUCUCUGCCCAGACAUGCCAUUUGGGGUUCAGAUGGCAGAGCGGAAUUGAAGGAGAGGGGGGACACACCGCUCUCUAGCUGUUGAUGGGAGGAACGUGGUAGAUAUUUGCUCACCAGCCCUCCUUAUAUCUUGACCUCAUUUUUAUCCUCUUCUAUUUUUUUGCGAUACAACCCAAAUUCUGUGACUUCUUUCCUUUUUUUUUUUUGCUCAAACUGAAAAGUCUUUGUGGUUUGUUGGUUGCUGCAGAAUCAGCGCUGAACAUUUUGGACUCACUACCGGGACGGCUGAGGUUUCUUUCCUUUCUCACUGCCGUCUCAGGAUAUGAAAGAGACCACGAGUGACAUCAGAGAGACUGAUGUAGGCUAAUGAAAUCUCCAGAUGCUAGCAUCCACUACAACCACUUUGUGACUAGUCAGGUUUGAUUUUUCAUUCUGUUCUUGUGCUUUGACAUUUCCUGUAGCCGUGAGAUUACCUUUGCCAUGCCAUGAUAUGAGAAUAUGUCAAAGCACAUUUUUUAUAAUGAAGUAAUCAAACAGACGGCAAGCAAGUCAAGAAAGAAAUGAUACCCUUGUCUUUGUUGUUGUAAUUUCUUUCCUCCUCUCAACCAUGAGCACGAUCCUCUCAGUCCUCGUCGUGGGAAAGACUGAAAGACUGAAAUUACAUCGCUCUCAUGGUGGACUAUUUUGAGCUCCCAAAGAGAGUGGCAGAGGGCAGGAGGCAGGUUCUAGUGACUCGUUUGUACUCAGUGCAGGAGAACCCCUCUGGUCCCAGCACGUCGGCAGCCCUCAACUUUUUACUGCACGAGCGCUUUGCGAUCGUAACGGGGAGAGGAGUGGAAGAAUGCUUUGCACUACAUCCCCAGGUGAGUGUGUUGGCACUCCCAGCUCUGGCCAGGUGUGUUUUGCGUUGUCUAGAUUUUUAUGAUGAGGGUCGGGUGCCGCCACUCAGACAGGCAGCUGUCAUUAGAGUACAAGCUGUCCUCAAGUCUGUCAGACGUGAUAUUCAUUCUUCUCAAGAAUGAUGACUGAAGACUUAAAAGCUUCAUUGACUUCCUUAUCGCCGAUUUUGCAAGACAGCCUCAGAGUGAUGUUUAACCGUGCAAAUGUAAAUGCAAAAGGGGAGUUUUGUAAAUUUCAAUCCAUGCUACUCUUGACUCUCACUUCGCCAUUGUGCAGCUACCUUGAGUCUUCAUUUGUUUCAGGUUUUAGUAUCAUCGUUGUGAUGCUUUUUGAUGUUAGUCAUGUCAGAUACGUAGGAAACUGAAAUUCUUAAUUUGCAACAGCUUCAUAGCCCCGCAACCAUCAUAUUUAUAUCUUAAGCACAAAAGUGCACUAAAGGUACAAAAGAAUGCCAAAGAAGCCAGCAAUACAAAGUUUGGAUAAUUUUAAGUGAAUCAAAUGUUGGAUGGUUCGAUAAGCAAUGUUCUAUUUGGUAAAUCAAAUUAAAGGCUUUGUGUGUCCAGAGGAGAGAGUUUAGGGACUCUAAGGCUCCUACACUUCUAUGAAAAUGUAAAAGACAGAGAGGUCAAAGGUCAGACAGUCAUGCAUGGGGUCCACAUGUGGGGCUAGAUCACCAUGAGGUUGCCCCAUAACCCUGCUGAACCGAAAGGGGUCCCAGCACCCAGUGUGAUGAAUGAGACGUUUGUUUCCCGGGGCGAGGCAUGAGUAACUAUGUGUGGCAUCUGUCUAGUUUAAAUUUAGUGUAACUGAAGCUACCGCUGGCUGCGCUGUAUCAACAUGUCAGAGACUGCAUUACACCAGAGAGAAAGCUGUUGAACUCCUGCGUCUAGUUUCUUUUUUCUUUUUUUCCCUUGGUCCUCUUUUACUGCAAGGUAGGGCUUGCCUCACAGGGAUUAGGGUGGUUUGAAUCCUAUUUUAUUUUAGGCUGCCCCUCAAAGCCAUAUUUCAGCCAGGCUAAUGCUCGGUAUUGGCACCUCUACCCCAUGCAGUUUUUUCUUGUCCCACCCUAUGUCCCACUAUGUGUCCACUGAUCAGGCGUGACAUAUUCUAAAAUGAGAUAUCAAGAAUGUUGAUUGUUUUGGGUCCUUUUGCUGACCUUCUGCAGUAAUUGGAGGUUCAAGAUGGAUUGAUGAAAUUUUUUAAUAGAAAUACUCAGAGAAAAGGAGGCUGUAAAGGUCACAGUAAAAAUUUGAUGCACUAUUGAGUGACUGAUGGUACCUUUUGUUAUUGGGGCCCAUGUCUCUGGAAACAGUGGCAUUACACAAAAGGAUAGAGGCCUUGAAUCAUUUUCUGCACAUCUUGCUCAAAGAAUUGAAAUGAUAGUUUUGCCUGUAAAUCAGAAAUAUUCCAGUCAUCUUCUUGGAUGGGUGUCGAGAUGUGGAGAAAUGUAAGGGAGGGAUUUUUGUUGAUAUAAUCUCCAUUUCGGACGUCAGUAUUUUUUUCGAACCUUUAUCCUGUCAAUACAAGCGUUCACAUCAGCGACGUUUUCCCGUUCUGCGAUAUUGCCGCACUUAUUUUUUCGGAUCACGGUCGAUUUUUAAAAAAAGUUUCUCAUACUGUGUGUCCACUUCUGACCAAUCAGAUUGCGUGUUGUCACGACGUCAGAUUCACCGGUAUAUCCAACAUGGCCGACCAGCUGAUUGUUUACGUGUCGGAGAACAGAAUGCUUUUUGAUAAAAGACACAAACAUUACAAAGAUCUCUCUCAUAUGAGAAUAGUUUGUGUGCUUUAACAGUUUGCUAAACGUCUUUGUUUUAACUUUCAUCUGUGCUAACGUAUGCUAACGGUUGUUACCAUAGUUUCAUGUGCUUAUCUUAUUGCCUCUGAUUGGCUAUAAGUGCUGACCAUUUGGCUUGAGUGUGUGAUGACGUUUCCAGCUUUUCUAGCCAAUCAGAGGCGAAGGAGGCGGGACUUUCCCCGGCAAAAGUCUUCCCCGGGAUGCAUCCCACCCCCGCGGAAAGUCGCAAAAUCGCAUCUGGCUUGAUGUGUAUAGUCAGGCGCGUCAAAAUUCGCCUCUGGGUAUUUCGUACUUUCGUAUGUUCCCUGUUAGCUUUCCUCCCAUUCUGUGUUGCCCUGAUAAAAAAAAAAUAAAGAGUAUCAUGAGGGUUCCCUGAGCACAGCACAUUGACCCUUCACUUGAGGACACAGCAUUCCUUUUUUACCACCUCACCUUGUCCUCAUCAUUCAUUCUGCCACACAGAGGAUGGGAAGUGGUUCUGCUCAUAGUGUGUUGUUGAAUUUAUGAGGAUGGGCCAAAGUCAAAGGGUUGGACUGGCUGUCACUGACAUGUGGAGAUCUGGAAGGAUGAACAAAGACUUUAUUUUGCACUGGAUUUAUAACCUCAUAUUAUCACAAUAUCUUUGUUCGUGGUUGAAGCGAUGGUCUGCAAGAAGAUGUCACAUACAUAAAAAAACCCCUCUCCUUUUAAAAAGCAAUAGGUUAUUGUCAUUGAGACAUUAUUUAGAAGUGCAAUUUAUCAACAUUUGACAGACUUUGUUUUGCAUGAAACAUUAAUUUAUGAUCAGGAACCACCUUAACUUAGACCAGUGGUUCUCAAGUCCAGUCCUCGAGGCCCACUGUCCUGCAUGUUUUGGAUGUUUCCCUGCUCCAACACACCUGAUUCAAAUGAUCAGCUCGUUAUCAAGCUCUGUAAUGGCUUAAUAACGAGCUUAAUAACAGUGUGUGUCACUCUUCAGAAACAAUGCUAAGGAAACCAGGGCAACUGCUUCAUAUGGCAGUUCUGCUAAAUUUAAGACAACUAGUUUUGGAAAACCAUAAUUUUUUUGUGAGAGCUGAACUAAAGUGGGACUCAAUUUUGAUCUGUAUUAGAGACUGCACAAGUUUCAGUGUUUUUGAAACUAAAUUUGGAUCAUGGCCCAAGAGAAAUUAAUCAUGUGAUCACUGAUUGAACCUUUGUAUACAGCAGUCCUAGAGAGAAUGUGAAAUAUAGUUUUUAUGUUUGGGAUGUUACAGUUGUGAUGUGCAUGGUCCAUCUUAAAUAAACUAAUGAACUAUUACUUAAACUCUAGACUGAAUUUAGUGUAAGGCUUUUGGAUGGCUCACUUGCAGGAUGGUCUUUUGUGAAACUGUGUGUGAAUAUCAAAGCUUUUAUCUCCAUCUUUCUCCGUUCACACUGUCUCUUUUUUCUUUCACUCAAGUGCACAAACAAUACUUACUGUCUGCUCCUUUUACCUUGCUCUUUCUCCCCUCUCCCUCUCUCCGCUUGUCUUUUUUUCAGGCACAUGCACAGUCAGCUCUGACAGAUUGUUUAAAUGUCACCGCUGCUAGCAGUAGCCUCUGAUGUUAUCUGUUCUAGGUUAUUAUAGGCCAUCAUGCCGCUUGUAUUAGCUCGGAGGCCAAUUUUCUAAUGCACUGUAGCUCUCCUGCUCUAAUGAAGAAUGAUACAGACAUGAACUGCGUUACACUUUUUGUGCUUAUAUGCAAAACAUCAACUAGGUUAUUGGGCGUUGGCAAGAUUGGAGUGGAAGUUGAAAUCAGUAUUUACUUCCAAUUCGACUACAACUGAGACCUUAAAAUGAAUUCAUGAUAUGUGUGAGGUCAAAACGCUGAGAGGAUCUGCUAGGGAGAAGAGCAUCCUCUUCUCCCUAACCAUUCAUCUUUAAUAAGUGAGUUUGAUUUAAAUUUUCUGAUGCAGUUUAAAUGUACGGUGUGGACUACAUAAUCAUCUGUACUUGUUGAAAUAAGGCUUGUCUUUGGCUGAUAGUGGAUCACUUCAUUUUAUGGAAAGCUUUGUCUCCUUCAGCUGCAGGACUCUAGUUUGCUUUUGGUUAUAAUGGACAACUUUGAGCGUCAAUCAUCAUCAGCGUCAUCAAGUAAGACAAGCUUCUUCUACCCUUAGAGGUCUCCCAGGGCUCUGUAGUGGGUCCAUUUCUUUCUCUCUCAUGACUCAUAGAAUUGAAAGACACUUAAUUGAAUUUAAUUGUUUGACAUUCAUUUGUAAGGGCUGAUUAAACCUUUCUUUUCUUUUCUGGUGCUUGAUGUACAAGAAUGAUCUCGAGUGAAACUGUUGUAGUUCAAAUAUAAUCGAGUUUUUUGACCGUAACCUUGUUAUGAUAAAACGUUUUUUUUCUGUUAUCAUUUUCUGCUGUUUUAAUGUACAGAACACAAUUUUUGGUAUCAGGGUGGCUGGGACUUGGUGGUUGAAUGGGUCCCUUGUCAAUUGGGAGUUCGGAGGUUUGAUCCCAGGUCCCACUGUCCAUAUAACACUAUCCUUGGGAAAGACAUCAAACUGUACCUAAUGGCUGUGUGUGAAUAGGACAAGGUAAUACUGAUGGGUGCUUUAUCUCAUAGCCUCUGCUAUCAGAAUCUGGUUUCAGUGUGAAUGAAUAAAUGAAUGAAUGUAAUAUAAAAGUGCUUUGAGUGGUCGGAAGACAAGAAAACACUAUAUAAACACAGUCCAUUUAGUAUUUACCGUUUGUUUGUCCAGGUCAGAGGGCUUUUAAAACACUGCUGAGUGGACACAACUAAAGCUGUACUCAAAGGGGAGCAGUCACUCUGCUAUCUGUGUGUGUGAAGGAGAGGACAGUGCACUGGAAAUCAUCUCUUUUUCCUCUGUAUUUUACUGCAAAGUGUGACUAUUCAUACUUUUUCAUUUGAGAGAUUUCUUCCUGAUUCGAUGGAUGCAUCGUAACUAAGGAUUAAACUGCUGUGGCCACUUUGCUGACAUGCUGCUUGUAGGUUACAGGCAGUAGAGUAGACAGAGUAAGGUUCAGCGUAAGGUUAACUUGGGCUUCUGUCUUCAAACCCCUCAAUUUACCUGAUUUCAUUAACCUUUUCUGAGAUCCUCUGCGCACUACCAAAUUGAUACAUCCGAAAGGCAAUUAGUGGUUUGUUAGAAAAGGAUCUUUGCGUUGGUGGCUAUUUAGUUCAGGUGGUUAUUUGGCACUCUGUUUAUCCCAUAAUGUUAUCUCCACAUGAGAUUGUUAAUUAGGAGCUUAAUUUAGCUGCCGGCAUAUGUUAACAUUGGCUUAGGCUACCAUUGUUAAGCCUCUGCUGGCUGGUGAAUCUUCAGUGAUGGCACAGAAAGGCUUUUUGAUGUAACACUAACAUAACAUCACAGGAAAAGAAAUAGAAAAGCUUUUGAAACACCAAAACAACUCUACUUCGUGAUUUGAUUGUCCUUUAUGGCGUUCAAUUCAUGAUUCAUUUAUUCUGCUGUACUGUCCCCUACAUUUGGAUGACAGUUGCACUCAUUCUUAAUGAACGCUUUAAGAACUCAGACCCAACUACCCACACUUACAGGGAUCACCAUGAAGUUUUGGCACAAACCCAGCCAGGAAGGUUUAAAGCCACAGGUAGGCCAACCCUAACAAUAUGUGUGUGCAUGUGCGUCACAGAGUCUGUGUUUAGUGUAGGCAACCUGCCAGCUGCAGAGUUCCUGGAAAACCCAGGAGGAAGGAAUUAGAUUUGCUUAUGUCAGGGCUCCUGGGAAUCCCUGCGACUAUCUAUACCAACCCAAAAGUUAAAAAUAGGAAAUGAAAUGUUUAAAUCCCAAAAAGCAUGAUAUUUUAAUCUGGAAGCUCCUUCAUGCUUGAAGAAAUGUUCUUUUUGUUUUUCAGUAUGAAUGGAGUUUUUGUUGAUUUAGUGAUUGUUAUUAAGAGCAUUACUCAAGGUCAUGUCUUCAGAAUCAGUUACAGCUCAUCACUCCCUAGGUUUUUGUGCCACAGUAAUCCCUGCCCUUUUUUCCAUACAUACAAAUCAAAACUUAAUGAACUCAGUGAUGUGUGCAGAUAAAAAAUGUGGAACAGUUGUAUCACUAAGAUAAUUUGAAUCACUUUCCCAUCCUCAAACAUAAAGAUAAUGGAAAUAUGUGCCCCUCCGAGUAAAUAGGAUGGACUGAUGCAUCUUUGUUCGCAUAAACCACAGGUGUCAAACUCAUGGCCCGGGGCCCAAAUCUGGCCUGUGGAACAAUUAUACAAGAUCAUACAAGAUCAUAUCAUAUUUGUAUUAUUAUUGGCCCACCAGAACGAAGUCUGCAGUAUAAUAAUGUAAACUUUAGCGCCAUUAUUUAAAAUAUCCUUAAUAAACCAUGAAAAUCUGGGAAAUUAAAGAGUAAGGAAGAUUUGAUAAAUAGUCAAGAAUGUGGGGGAAAAAAUAUUUGGUGUUUUAUUUCAUGUUUUCAAUUUUGCAUUUCAAGAUUAUGAGUCAAACAUGAUUGGAUUUUUUUAUUUCAUGCUUUGAUUUCGUUCAACUCAGUAUUUAGACUUGUGUCAUGUUUAUACUUUAGAUUCCAAUUUGAAGUCAUAUUUUGACCUUUUAUACCUGAUUUCAACAUUCUCCUCGUGUAUUUGCUCGUUAAAAGCGUUAUUUUUCUAUUUUUAAUAUCAUGCUCUGAUCUUUUGAACUAAUAAAUAAAAAUAGAAUAAAAAAUAAAAUAAAUGUUUCUAUCUCAGAUUGCCUUUAAACUUAUCUUUUUUAUCUUUUUUGAAUUUCCAAAUGAUUUAUAAUCGUUGCUGUUUUUGUUUUGCAUAUUUUUUGAAAAGGAGGUUGGCAGUUUUGGUGAAAUGUUGACCCUGUUUGGCCCUCAGGUUAGACCUAAAUCCAGAUUAUGGCCCAUGCUGUGGUUGAGUUUGACACCCCUGGCAUAAACUAACUAGGUUGAAGCUGUGUAUCCCAGGAGGCUUAUGGUACAUGAUGUGUCGGCACACUGUUGUUGUGGUCUGUUGGUCAGCAGCCCUUGAGGAAAGCUGAAAGAGGAGACCGGACUGAACACAAAGCAGGGGAUGUAAGCAGAGCCCGCUCUAAUCAAUCUGCUUGACCACCACAAAGGGAACCCUAGCUAAGGUUACAUCCAGCACUGCAUGGUGUUGGUGCUGGUGGGUAACCUAAGACAAUAAUAUGUGUUGGGUUGUACAAACACAAACACUCGCCCACUCGCACACACACACACAAAGUAACACUCAUAUGUUGCCAUAGGUGGGUGCAGAAACUUACAGGAAGGCACACAGGAACACAAAAAUAUUGACACAGUCUAGUAUACAUGCACAUUAACACAAAAAGUUCGGGGGCACCAGCAGGAACUCGCCACAUCAUUGAGCUCGUCAUCCACCUCGGAGAGAGAAAUCCUUCCCUUCCUCAGUGUUAAAGUGCACGUUCUUGGAAUGUGUGCCUGUGUGUCAUUGUCGGUCAGAGGACCCUGACACAGUUUGUGUGCAGUGAGAGUAGGAGGAGGGAGGAACAAAGUCUGUGCGGAUUAUCCCCAAAGCAAGUGCAACCGUCCACCCAGAGAGGCUUGCUGGUUUUGUGCCAAAGAGCCAAGGUGGAUGCUACCUUCACCGGUGGGUCAGGCUGUUUCAUGUGGUUACUGUGAGAACACAAAGGUUCUCCGUGGUGUGUGUGUGUGUGUGUGUUACGGACGUCAAACAAUCUACACUUCACAGAAGCAUCUCCCAGUGAGGAGGAUCUAUUAUUAGCUUAGGUACAGCAAAGCCUCUUAGAGAUCUUUAUUUAACUAGAUUGGCUGUCUGAUGUAUGGACACUUGAGGAGUGUGCCCAUUCAUAAAACAACAGUACCGCUGCUUCUCUUCUCUUCUGUUCUCUCCUCUGCUUUCCUUUCCUUUCCUUUCCUUUCCUCACCUCCUCUUUCCUCCCCUCUUCUCCUCUUCUCCCUGACCUCUCCUAAGGUGACUUGUGUUUGGCUCAGACCAGGGGGUUUCCCGAAACCCACCCCUUCUUUCACACCGGAGGGUUUAAGGUGGCAGGCUAAUCUUAUCUCAGAGCAAGAAGAGGGCUGUGGGCCAGGUAACAUGGUCGUCCCCUGUCUCACCCUCAUCUGUGUAACCACUCAUCUGCUUGAUGAUGGAUAGGAAUAUGCCAACACAGAUGGAUUGCUUGUGACAUCUUGCAUUUUAAAUCUACCAUUUCAACUCUAAACUAAUGGGGCAAAUAAGAUAUUGGAAUUGAUAAUUCGACUUAGAAUUUCAGAUGCAGGACAACUUAGCAUGAGGAUUUCUAAUUUGAGCAGACUGAGGAAGAGACAGCCUGGAGGCAAGUUACUGCUUUAAACACAAUAACUAAAUACUGGCACUAUCAUAUAACACAAAGCUUCAGACUUUUUAUUCUGUAAAAUGAGUUUUAUGAUCUUAUUAAGUUACAUGUUUAUCAAAAUUAACUAUCAUUGUUGUGUAACAUUUUAAUGCAUUGCUGAUAACAAAUCACAAAAUGAGAAAUAUGUCACAAAAAGAGCAGUGCCAGAUUUACCUCCUAAGAAGCACAAAUUUCACAGCGACUUUCAUUCAAUUUGUGCUCCCUAUUUGAAUGUAAUUACCACCUAAUUUUCUAGGGUAGCAGCUCAUUACUCAGUCAGCACCUGGGACUGCCCUGCUGUGCCCUGAAUCAUCUGUGAUUCAUGUUUUCUUCAAGUGAUCCAACAGAGUUUAAUUAAGUACAUCAAGUUUGGUCAUUAACAAAGCAGAAAGUGGGAAUCCAAAAACUUUAGAAGACAAAAUAUGUCAGUUGAAUUCUUAUUUAGAUAAAGAUAAGACUCCUAUAAAUGUAACUGUAAGUGGAAACAGUUUCUUAGUCAAGUGAGGCAAGAGUAACUGAGCAGGUUACCUUGGUUGAUCUCACAUGGUGUUCUCACUCUUCACUCUAUCUUUUGUUCUUCAAAUCAGGUGUAUUAUCAGUCACAGAGGAAGCACCUCAAUAAAACACAUUUUCAAAAGCACUCAGAAUCAAGGAGCCCACAGCUUUUAAAGAGGAUCUCUUGAAGGAAAGAUAGACAGUGGCCUUUGAAUUUGGUAAUUACAGGUUCAUUCAUGUGUAGCUCACUAAAUUUAUUAUGGGCAUUGUUGAAAACCUUUUUCUAAUGAUCUAGAUAUUUAGAAAUGGUUUCAGUCCCAAUUAGCUAAAUUACAGUUUUUGUUUUUGUUUUAUUUCAAUCAACAGGACACAUUUUGAUUCAUAAAAUAAGCCACAAGCCCCUAAUAGCAGUAGGUAAGCAACUACUUCCUUUGAUGGUGUACUUUGUAUUACACAAUAUAGUUAAAGUGAAAAUGGUGAUACUUGUUCAGUUUCUUGAUGCGUUUCCCUCUCUAAUGAUAUAUCUGUGUCUUUACUUGUGCAGUCAAAUGAUUGUCUUAUUUUUACUCUCCUUUCUUCCUCUGUUCCCUUCAUACUGUCUCCUAAAUCAGGCUAUUCUCCUUCCUCUUCACUUUGCUGUCCUUCUCAAGCUCCGUGUCAGUCAGUCAGAUGCUGUCGUCAGAGGAUCCACUGCUCGGUCUUGUGACAAGCAGGCAGGGCCAGUGGAAGCUGAGCAGCUAUAAAUAAAGAGCUUGCUGCUUCUGUCUUUACUGCCGCUGUUGAGUAAAGAGGUUAGAGGGACAGAAACCAAAACCCUUUUCCUUGUCUAAAAAAAUGUGUUAUGUCCUCUUAGUUUUGAUUUUAAAACACUGUCAUGUUACUUGUGGUGGUCUCCAGUCAGAGGAAACCCACAUGUGAACUCAACCUAUUUGUACUUUAGAUUAGAAUGUAAAUAUGUCCAUAUUUAGGUCAGUGAAGUCAAAGAAAAAUGGCAUUGUUUUGAAAGGAUUUCACAGUCUUAUCCUGUUCAUGCUACACUGUGGUGUAAUUUCAGCUGGCUAUUAUUUUGUAAUGGCUUUUAUUUGCUUUGGUCAUUUUGCAAUUUUCUAAAGGAUUUUCCUUUCCUCUAAAUAAUGAAGCAAGAAUCACAAGGCUGAAGAUAGACAUGGCAAGAAGGCUUUUUUUUUGUUACAUGGUGCUUGUUUUGCCUUUACUUGUAUCUUUCUGUUUACAGUGGAUUAUGGCAGGUGCUGUGCUGUUUUCAUAAAGCUUAGUUUUGGUUUGGUGAGCGGCACUGGACAAAAGCAAACUAUGAGUUUUAAAUUGAGUUCUUUUAUGAUUUAAUUUAUUAUGUUUUUAGCUUUUAUUGUCAAAUCUAUGUGAAGAUUUCCUUCAGAGUUUAUAAGCCAAUAUUUGUUUUCAUAUCAGAAAUAUAAAAUCCUCAUUAUGUGUUCCAGCCUGAAAAUGUCUGUGGGUAUAAAAUUAACAUCUCACAUGUGAAACACUAUGAGGGAGGGUUACUCCCAGAGCAGCAGAGCAUAUCCACUGAGAGUUUAUCAAUAACCUCUAACAGAGUAGUGCCAAUGCGGACAAUGGGCUCUUGUCUAUUUGUUUGUGUGUGGGUGUGUGUUUGUGUGUGUACUUACUGCCUGUGCCGGAUGACCUUUGGUAUAAAUAGCCUGCCGGCGCUAGCUGUGGUGACAGCCGACAGCACGCAUCGUUGUGUGAAUUUGUUUCCUGAGUAGUGCUGUUCAUCGGUUAUCCCUCUUGGAACGCUGCCUGUAUGAGUGCCUGCUACCCAGCAACAGUGUGACUCCUCAUUUCUUAAAACUUGGGUCAGUUGUAGGCAUGAACUCAAGGUGCAUCUGCACACUGGUUAAUGACAUAAUGAAAUUUUGUCAACAAAAAACGCUGUAGCUUGUAUAAAAACAAGGAUGCAACAGGAUGAAUGCAGUUGUAAUACGAGGGAUGCAGGUCAGAUGUCAGUGGUGUGUCUAUGAAUGUUUUGAUUUGGUUAAGAUAACAUGUGUCACUACACCAUCACAAAAAAUGUUGCUCAGAGGGCUUUGACACAGCAGUCUUUGGACUCAUGCCAUUCCAACCUGCAGUAUUUGUUAAUAACCUGAGCUUUAUUAGAUCUGUCAAGUAUUACCAUUAGAUAUUGAUAUUUUCUUCUUUUUUUUCUCCCAGAUCUGGAGCCUGACGACAACACAUCCUUCUAUAUCUUAAAUGUGGGCCAGCCCCAAUCUAUGGUCACCAACCACCAGUCGAUUGGCUUGCCUCGUCAUGGCAUGCAGUCCCACUCCCAGGUCAUCAGCACCUCCCAACGCUUUCAGCCACACAAACCAGGACCUGAGCCUCCCAGUUAUGAGGCACAAGACUCCAAGUAUGGCACCUCUCCUUUGCUCCCCUCUGCUCCUGUGGAGGCACCCAAGGCUUUUGAGUGCCCCAGUAUCCAGAUCACCUCCAUCUCCCCCAGCUGCCAGCAGGAGAUGGAUGGCAAUGAGGAGGAUCUCAGGGCUAAUGGGCCUGAUGGAGACUACCAUGGCGACAGACCCCUGUCCAGAGACCACCUGUAUUUGCCCCUAGAUCACUCAUACCGGGACUCUUCACUCAGCCCAAGCCCCUGCAGCAGCCUGUCUUCAAGGAGCUGGUUCUCUGACGCCUCCUCGUGUGAAUCAUUCUCACACGUGUAUGAUGAUGUUGACUCAGAGCUAAAUGAAGCGGCUGCUCGCUUCACCCUGGGCUCCCCACUCACUUCCCCGGGCUGUGCCUCCCCUCAAACAAGUGGUGGAGUUUUGGAGGAGCAGCCACACUGGCAGCACCACCACCCUGCCUUUGUGCACCACUCACACUCCAUCAGCCUGUCACCCAGGCAGUCCCCCUGCCACUCGCCACGCACCAGUGUCACAGAUGAGAACUGGCUUAGCCCCCGACCACCAUCCAGACCCUCCUCGCGCCCCACCUCACCCUGUGGGAAGAGACGCCAUUCUAGCGCUGACAUCUGCUACUCUAGUUCUUUGUCUCCUCACCACUCACCAACACCUACACCAGGACCCUCACCCAGGGGCAGCAUAACAGAGGACACCUGGGCUGGUAGUCCUUCAGUAGGCAUGUCACCUUUUCAGUGUUGCCCAUCUGAAGUCGACAUCCCAUCCAAGACGAGGAAGACCUCGCAGGACAGGACAACAAUGCAGAGUGGGAAAGGGGAACUAGGGCUGGACGAUCAAGGAAGCAUGUCCCCUAAUCUUGACUCGCCUUCAGAGGAGGCCUUACACAGCCUGAAGAAGGAUGGCCCAGGGGAACAGUUCCUCUCUGUGCCCUCUCACUUCUCAUGGAAUAAACCCAAGCCAGGCCACACACCAAUAUUCAGGUAAGUUUGCCGAUAUUUGGGAGAUUAAACGCACAAAAGGGAAAUUGCCAGAUUCAGUCAGCCAAGUAACCCAGCAAAAGAUUUAAGCAGAUGUAGAAGACCCUCAGGGACAGGAAGUGUCUGGAAAUUCUGCCUUUUUUUAUCUUUUAAAUGUCAGGGAGGACUUUCUUGUUCUUCUGCAGCAGCAACAACAACAACAAAAAUCUGUUGUAAUCACAAUGUCCUUUUGUAGUUCCUGUUUGUAUUUGAGCAAGACUUUGUGUCUGCAGUAUCAGUGCUGAAUAGAUUCAUGAUGUGCCAUAUCAUAAAACCUAGAAUUUUUCUGAUAUAGUGCCAGAAAGUAAAGAUAGUUCAGCAAUAACUGUCACUUUAUCAGUAUAUUCAAGAUUUAUUAAGGCAAUAAUGCUGUAAUGAUUCAUACAGCUCAUGCCGUCAGUCUUAAAAACAAUUUGCAGAGUCGUGCUUAACAAUAGACAACAGUGAUGAAAAUAUUUAUGGACUGUUAUAAAGCUUGAAAACACUUUUGAUCCAGGCAAAAUAUUCUAAGUAUUAUGAUGUAAUAAACGUUUAUCAAGCUGCAAGAUGGAUUAUUAAUGUGGCUGUUGAUUAAACAGCAGAUCAAUGUUCAGUGAUCGGGAACUUUGAGCUUUAUAUCAGCCGUACAAUCUGGCUUAGUUACACCAUAGGGUAAUGCAAGUUUGUGAAUUUGUGCAUGAAAACAAGGGGCAUACAUACACACAACAGCAGCUUGCUAAAUCAUAGACAUGUGUAGACACACAGCAGCCUCCACAUCAAAAGGUGACAGAUCCAAUCGCAAACUCAUAGCAGAGUUUUGGGGGGAGAGGAGUCUGCUGUGCUGUCUGUUCUCCAAUGUGUGCAGCAGAUGAAGGCAUGGCCUUGUUUGUAUUCACUGGCCCCUAGCACUGUAAAUCAGCACAGGGCACAUAUGGCAAGGGGACCACUGCGCACACUCACGCACACUCACUCACACACACUUGCACACACACAGAAACACAAGUAUGGACAUAACACUAAUGCUCGCUCACAUAGAUCUAACACUCUCCAGACAAUAACUGGGAUACAUUGUCAGCUCUGGGGUUAGAGUCUUCAUUUGAUCUUUACAUUUUGUCCCUUGUUUGUGAAAUUUCCUAAGACAGUGACAGAAGAGUGUCUACAUUGCUCUAGAGUUGGAUUUUCAAACACAACAAACACAGCAGCCACUCCUUUUUUAAACUCAGCUGUUUAUCUUUACCUUGACCUACAAGUAUUUUCUUACAAUACUUCUACUAGUGAUGCUAACCUGCUUCAGACAGUUAACCACUGUGGCAGGAUAAAUGUUCGUCAGACAGAACUGAAUUCUUGGUUUUCAGAAAUUAGUUAUGAGAUCUGAGCUAAUCCCUGUCAUGAAAUAUAAGGUUGUGGAGUUGCCUGUGUGCAUGUGUCUUAGUCGUGUUUUAAACUGAUGGACCUCAUGGGUGGAGAGUGAUGGAGUAGUAUUAAAAAUUGGUCGGGUAUUCAGACAUUUUCUUCAAUCUUUUCGCAUCUUAUCCUCUGAGCUGUUCACAGUGAGGUGUUUUAUAAACAGUCAUGAGUUGGUAAACACAAUGGGCCAGUAUUACUGAUAGUUAAGUACAUUAUUGAGGGUUUAAGUCAUUAAGCUGAGCUGUGACUGGAGUUUGAAAACAAAGGGCCAGCAGGUUGCCAAUGCAUCACUAGCCUCAUACACACUGCAAUUCCGCAACAGUGCUGGAACAGAGCUCUGCCGUAAAUACGCCUUUGUACUUACACAUUGCACCCCCAAAAAGGUGUAACAUUGGUGUCCCAGUGUGUCAUUACACAUCGCAUUGCAUCAUGUCGUUGCGGUAGAGUGAGAGGUACAGCUUGUUAGCACACAGCAGGAGCUCUACAUACAUACUCAGUCACACGCUCAGACAUGUACACACAUACAGCACUGUUCUGCCCUGAUGGCUUCAGUGCUACACAUCACAGUCUCCUUACCCCAUUUUGCCUCUGUUACUGCCUCUGAAAGAGGAUCUGAGGCGGAGCAACUUCAACCCACCUUUGGUUGUUGUUACACAUUAAAGAUGAGGUGUAUCAGGGGUGUAAAUACCUGGCCUUGAAAUGGUGGUAUCUAAGUGCCUUCUGUGAAGUCAGUGUUUUGCUUUAUAUGAGUUGGACAGGUUUUGGAAUGAGAAAUUUGUUAGCCUUUACCGGCAGCGACAGAUGAUUCUCAAAUUCAUGAAAUUGGUGUGGAUGCAGAGGACGUAAUGCAGUGGAAGAAAUCAAAUGCUUUUUAUCUGGCAAGUGGUUUGUGUGUUCCUAUCCUGUGUGGCAGAUAUUAUCUACUACUGCUGCCUGUUGACUUUAACAUCAGUAUGGAUGGUUGGAUAGAAAACAUUUGACAGUUGCUGCUCAUGAAGGAGCCUCAAUCAGAUGAUCUUUAGAGGUUUCAUAUUCAACAUUAUUUUUAACAAUAGCCUAAUUACAUAUGGAGAGAUGGAAAUGGACUUGCAUUGAAGCUCGUACUCGGUGUUUUGGAGAGACCCCAUUUCUGGUAGUUUGUGGAAUUGGUCAAUGGAGAAGUGUAUGGGUUGUGGAGAUUUUAUCGGAGUGGGGACCUUGGCGCCCUGGACAGUCAUUUAAGGAAAGUUAUGCUAUGUGAAGACAGAGAUCAUUGUUCCUGCUCUGCUCUGUCACUAAGCUCAUAUGUCUUCUGUUCUCUUCCACGUCUGCUACUUUGGCAGCCACACAAACCCACACUUGCAGGCCUGUAAUCUCGUAGCUGCUAAAAGGAAACAUAAAGGUCAAGAUGCUUCGAUUGAGCUGUGUUAUAUUCGAUAGGUGAAACAUCUGAAAAUCUGAAAUGUUGAUAGCAUGUCUUUGCUUGUGUUUUAAAUAUUUCCACAGACAUUCAAAAAAAGAAUAGGACAAGUGUUUUGGUUGUGUGCCCACACAAACACACCAUACACAACCUAAAGGAUUUUAAGAGAACUUUCUCUUUUAUAGCUGUGGUGGGAGAAUCUGUAGAGUUGAUCUCAGUGAGUUUUGUGACCUCAAGACUACAUUAAGUUAAUCAAAACAAAAAAACUAUCAUCCAUCUUUAUUCCAAAGUGCAGUCUUUCCUCUGGAUUUGAUGCCAGUCUCUGAGGCAGAAUGUGAAAUGAAAGCCUCCACUGAAAGGCUGACUCACAUGUUUUUGAUUCGGCAUGAUCAAAUUUGUCUGCAUGUAGCCAGCACUUUGACAGGCAGUUGGAAAAGGAAGAAUUAAGAGAGUCAGUCAUGCCGACUCGAAGUUUACAAACUUUCCCUUAAAAAUUAUCCGUACUGUCAAAUAUCUGUCAUGCAGUACGCUUGCAUGCUAGGAGACUAUACGGCUUUGGACGGAACCAAAUGAAAGUUCAGGACACCAUGUAAAAGGGUGGACAGGGCAUUGGGUGGGCCCAUUAGACAGCACGCGCCUGAAGCUGCCUCCAGUACAGUUUGUUUACCAAAUCAAGUCAUACGUACACAUCCACAGGCAUACAGAGGGGGGGUCACGGAGCACAGUCUAUGAAAAUAUGAGAACCCACAAAGAAGAGGCAAGCUGCCAGAAAAAAAGAAACACCUGGAAGAGGCACAUACAGCUUGUGUUGUCCUUUUUUGAAGGCCACUUUCAUUAUGAAUUAUUUAUUGUGUACACUCCCAAGGUGUGACAAAGUUUUAUACUUGAGCUUUAACUACAUUCCAAAUACCUCACUGCUCAAACUGAACUACACUUCAUGUGUAGGGUAGACUUAGCAUUGACCAAAGUUAAAAUUGCUCUGAACCCUUUUUUUAGUACAUAAGAUAAUGAGACAUUAGGAUUCGAGGGGUUGUAUGAUGAAAUAGAAUGUGAUCAACAACGUUUAGAAAAGAUGAGGAUUUAUUGAUGCUAAUGGUUGAUGCCGGUGUUUACAAAAUGAUUUUUGGGAAAAACUCCUCUAAUGCACUCAGAUGUAGAGACCUGGUUUCUCUGCGGAGAAGGCCAGAGAGCUUUUUAUUUUCGAGUGCAGCUGUUCAAAUAUGAUUGUGGUCUACACAGAUAAAAAAAGAGGCAUGGAGGAAAAACACACAAUACCAGCUCCUGUGGUGGACUGCAUUUGUAUUAUACACUUGAACAGUGUUCACACAGACUCACACACAGUAAUUUACCCACUGUCUGACACACACUCUCUCAUCCCACCAGCCAUUCAAUGACCCACACUGAAGACUCACAAAAGUAAAGCCCCUUGAGAAAGUGAUUCACCCUAAAAGGCUUAACAGGGCCUAUUACGAGUGUUAAGUUUAAGAACAGGAGUAAUGCAUGCGGGCUUUCCAGUGAUUCACUGUCUGCUGGGGCUAAAUACACUGCAUGGUUUACCCCCAUUUAACACUUACAACACUGUCUACCAACCAUGAAAGGGGAAUACCGCAGCUUUUGAAUGUUUUCAGUCAGGGUCUUGUCAUCAGCUGUGAAUAGAGGAAAAGCUGGUUGACCCCCUAAGGUGUUGCAUUCAUAAAUAUAUUUCUACAGUUAUUUUAAAUGAAGAAAUGAUGUCUACUAAAACUAUAAAAUACUUGUCGUACACUGACACUUUGUGAACAUGCUUGUUUUUCUUCCCCUCCUCAGGACCUCCUCGCUGCCACCUCUUGAUUGGCCGCUGCCAAGCCAGUUUGGCCAGUAUGAUCUGAAGAUAGAGGUGCAACCUAAAGCGCACCACCGAGCGCACUAUGAAACCGAAGGCAGCAGAGGAGCUGUCAAGGCGGCAUCUGGAGGUCACCCAAUCAUUAAGGUAACAAAAUUGGACAUUUCACCUCCACAUGAUGUGCAUCACAAUGUCUUAAAAUGAGCAGUUUUUAAACAGGUUAGACUAACACUUAAAUACUAACAUGUUUAGUGGUAGAUAACACUUUUUUGACAUUUAAUUUACAUGAAAAUUCUAGGUCUUUUUCAGAGAACAUUAAUAAAAUGAUUUGCACCAAUGUCUUUGCCGCUUUCUUUUACGGUACACUUAUUACCAGGUAAUUAGCAGGUAUUUACUAAGUAACAACAUGAAAUUAUCUGGUACUUACAUGAUAACUACUAAGUCGAUACUGUCUAGUUUUUCUUUUUUUCUUUUUCUGUGCAGCUCCAUUUUCAAAAGCUAUAUGGGGUUCUUAUUUUCUAUGAUUGACACUUGAUACAGCCUAUGGGCAUGCAAAGAUUGCGUAGCGAUACGCUGUUGGAGCUGAGCAUUAUCACAGUGACUCAGCCGCCGAGUCAGACUCACAUGCUACUGCGCAAGUGGUGGUUCCAGGAAGCGGAGAAAAUCCUGGAAAUACCAGAGCAAUUCGGCUUCAAAUUUGUAUGAUGAUGGAAGGUUACCUACCUGGUAGCUAGACAGUAUUGACUUAGUACUUAUCAUGUAAGUACCAGAUAAUUUCAUGUUGUUACUCGGUAAUUACCUGUUAUUUACCUGGUAAUAAGUGUACUGUAAAAGAAAGUGUAACCAAAUUAAUGUAUUGCCAGUGUUUUCAUGGUGUUGUCCAUGUAUAUAUACUUAAGUCCCCUGAUGUCUGGCAUUUUUUAAAUCUGUUUCCACAAUUAACUACAUGCAAAAAAAGUCAAAUGAUUCAACUCUUGAAGCUUUUAGUGAUUUUGUCAGAAAUAGAAGGAUGAAAUAAAACUAAAACAUAUUUACGCGAAUUGAGCAAUGACAAUCUGAGAGGUUUCCAGAUGCAGGGAUUUCCUUUUGCAUAUGAGUAAAACUCGUAUUAUUCGCCACUAUUUAAACUGAAAGUUAUUUUAAAUACUCAUUGUACAGAGAGCAACAUCUGAACGAAAACAUGAAUAAAUGAUUAGACUAUAAAUAAGUUAUUGAUCAACUAUACAUGUCGUACAUUAACUGGCUGCUGUGAAUAAGAGCAGUACAUUGAGGGUUUCAUUUUACAGAUUUGCAUGUGUCAAUUGUCUCACGGAUCCUCUCCCAUGGCAAGACUGUCAGUCAACCUGUUUAGGCAGGAAGACAAGCAAGCAACCAGGCAAGGAUGCUGUCCCUGCAGCUCAGUCAGCUGCUCCGUCAUUUGAUAGCACCUGUGAGAGAGAGGGUGAGCCUGCAUAAAACUAGGGCUGCCGAGAGAGAAAGAUAGAGAGAGCAAGAGCGGAGGAUAUCAGUCCUAUUAAUAUUUCAAAACCCCAGUGAAAAGCUUCCUUUGUGUGUAUGAUUAAGAGCUGGGCCAUGACAACAGUGGCUGCGUUCAGUUCAAACCAACUCAGUCAGCCAAUCAAGUUGCAUUGCCACACAGAAUUUACUGUCCUGAAUUUAUCUUUCACAUUUUCUUCCAUUCCAUGAGUAUUGUAGUUGUCCUGAGAUCUUAUAAGCUUUUAUGUCAUCCGCCAAUGAUUUAAAAAAUGAAUAAUUGUUGCCAGGUCCACAUAUUUUACACACCAGGUCUGUAGGUGUGAUGAAUAGCUUAACAUAGUAUACUCUGUCUGUGGUGGGAGAAGCAUUCCCAGAUUUGUGUGUCUUGUUUUGGUUGUAUUGUACUUAUUGCUACGCAUUUGAGGUAGUUUAGUCAACACGCUACUUCAGUCACUUCCAAUAAUUCACACAGGUUUAACAGUUGAAGAAAUUACAUUCAACAGCUGUGGACAAAAAAUGUGUCACAUUAAAAAGGGCUAAUUCACUGCCAUUUGUUGCUUUAGAAACAGCCCAUGUCCUCACACAUUCAGUCAUGCAGGCUCCCUUCCGGCCAAUCAUUAACCAUUUCAACCUCAGUUAGACCAAGAUUCUAUCCUGCCAUAUGUGACGAUGCAUAAUUUAUCUGCCAAAUUUUCUCAACCAAGCGUUUGCCACACUUGCCCUCAUUCCCCAUCCCCAGAGGGAAAUGUUUGAUUAUAGCAGUUUCCUUGCAGGGGCUUGUGAGGGAAGAGUUUAUGUCUCAGCAGGUCAGACAAGGUGAAUUCAAAGUUGUUUCAUCUGCAACUUGGUUUACAAGAUCUUCUGGCUUAGCUCAGAUAUAAAUAGACCAUACUCCCACAAUGGCCAUCAUCUUGCGCUGUCACACUCAGGGUGGGAGGCUCCAAAAUUGUUCACGUGUUACCUCUGUGUUCUUUAAUCUGAUAAAUUGUGAUCAUUCCACAGUGCCCUGUUGAUAAGCAGCCAUAAGAGCAAUGGAUAGUGAAAAUACGGAGAGAGAGAUCAAACCAGGAUUGAAGUUGACUAACAUUUUUACCCUCCAUUAGCUUUCAUCAGAACACAGCUAAGCGUAUACUUUUAAAACAAAAACAAUGAAAAAAAAAUAUUAUAGAGAUGACUAGUUUGGAGUAUUAGUGUUUAUGUUGGUGUAUGUUUUAUGCCACCCUAUCUAGUCACCAGCUCAGUGGUCAUUUAUGCGACUUACAACCUGGAACAAAGUAACAAGACAUGAUAGCAAUAUUUGAAGAAUAUUUGAAGAAUAUAGUAUUUACAAAGGUUAGUUUGGAGCUUUCUCUUUUAUUGUGAUUGUCUGAUUUUGUUUGGCGGAAUCUUUUAAACUAAGAAUAAAAACUGGAAGCAAUUCCAAUAACAGAUUUCACAAAUCACAGUUCCUCUUCCUGACAAAUACUGUACAAUAAAUCCCUAGACAAUGAUCUGACGGGGCUCCUAUGCCUGUCUGGAAAAAUUAUUGUGAGUUUCCAAUUGUACAAACAUCCCAGCAUAUGAUACUACCACUAACUUCCAGUACUGCAAUAAAAAUUUAUUAAUUUGUGUGCAUGUUCACAAUCUCAUUGACACAAAAGGGAUGGAUAAAGAGGGAUGUAGAGUUAGAGAGGCACACAGACAACAUUUGCCUAUGAUGAGCGCUGGUUUGCAGGGCUUUGUGCACCAAGAGAAACUGAGAGGAUCACUGAGCACCUGUUUUUUGUAUAUUGGAUUAAAUUGUUUAGUGCCAGUUCCAUGGACCUGAAAAAAUUUAAUUUUUAAUGAAUCCACAUAAAUGUACUUUUUUUUUUUUACCCCUGACUGAAAAGUUUAUACACCAGAAUAAUUGAAAGCUGGAAGUAAACAUUCUAUACUGGGUCCUUUUUUGAAGUGGAUGCUUAAAAAAAACACUGACAGUUGACAUAACACCAACAGCUGGCUUGUGCUAUGUGUGGAUAGAUAGUAUCAGCAGUUGUCCAGCCGGUGUAACAGAGACAGUGUGUUUACUAAACACCUACUUCUUGACUGUUGGUAUUCAAAGCCUGUUUUUGAUGGACUGUGCAAAAAUUAACCUUGUUAAUGCAGUUUAUUCACUCUGCACAACAAAUACAUUUAACUCAAAAGCAACACAAGUGUGCUUUCUACCAUUGUUUGACCCAAUCAGUAGAAGUUGCAUUGAGAUUACCAUUCUGUGAUCAGAAAAAUGCAAAAUUUACGGUAAAAAGGUUCGAGCUAAAAGCUGAAAUUGGAGUAGAUGUCAAAGUCAUUCAGCCAAUCAUUCGGCUGUGUGAACAAGCUUGCACAUAUUAUGUUUCCCAGGUGCACUGCAGGUGUGAAGUAAGCUAUUCUCUGGAGGCAGAAUAACACUAGUGCCAGCAUGUAUGACUGCAGCUUUGUCAAAUUUCAGUGUAGAUGAUGUUUUUAUGGUAUAUAUUAUUAUUAUGGAUUUGGCAGCAGACAUGAACAAGUAGCUGUUUUAUGAAAUGAUGGUGAAAGAUAGUUUGUAUAGCAUGAAAUACAUGUUGUACUUUGAUGAUUAUAAUCCACUGCAACAAACAUUUGAAUGUUGUUUUUCUCCCAAUUGUAUAUUUAAAGAAAGCUUCAUUUGUAAGCUUGUAUAUUUAAAACUAAAACACCACAGUGCACCAGUAACUGCCCUGUUUAUAUAGUGUACUUCAAUGUCGCUUGCACCCUGUGGGACUUCUCCUUUUUCUUGGGUCUUGACUCUGGUGGUGUGAUGUCAUCAGAUGACGGCAUAGCUGCCAUCUGGACAUGGUGAUGACUUCCUUUUGUUACCAUGCUGUUGCUCAGAUCAAUGCACCACUGAGCUGCUGUGUCAACAGAAAACAAGAGGAUGUCUGGGAAAGGAGCUGUGUGCCUGCUGGUCUAGUUGACUUGUGUUUAAGAUCUGAAAUAUUGUACGUAAGCAUGUAAGAGAAAGAAGUGGGAAAACUGUGUCUUUGUAUUGUUGUAUCAACCCUAGAGUCUUUUGCACUGUUUUUCAUCAGGUCUGUCUGUCAAACACUAUUAUGAUUAGUCAGAAUUAGGACUUUGUCUGAUGUCUCUUGAGGAUUUCUCCAGACUUUGAUUAUUUAAUAUACUCUUUUGGGUUUUGGGACAGCAUGAGUUUGAAGCCUACUGUGCGACUGCGGCCUUAAUGUAGUCAGGGUGAGAAUGUAGGUCUUCUACCUGAUUGGAUGUGUCUGGUCUUCAGUAUCGAUAUUUUCUCAACAAUUCUUGUUACUGUGACUUGUAUAUGCUGUUUUGAAAGGUUGCACUUUGACAAUCAAAGCACUCUCUCUUUUAGCAGAUGAAGCUUUGGCUGCAAGUAUUGCCUCACAGGAACAUUAUCUGUACCCAGCAAGGAGUUGCAAACUUUUGCAACAUUACUCAGUUUUUGUAUUUUGCUACAGGUGUUAACCGCCAAAUCAUCUUCAGCUGUGUGUCCCACUAUAUGUUAAACCUUUUAAACUACAGUCAAAUAAGCUCUGAAGCUACUGUACUGUGGAUUUGGUAGUCUACUCGCUUGAGUAUGAAAACUUAAAGUUCCUUAUACUUGUAAGACUUCGGAUUCAUAUCCAGAAGUUAAGAACUGUAUUGAUUUGUUGAAGAGUCUGUGUACUUUGUGUUUACUUUAUUUGUAGAGUACGGCAUGGGGUAAUUUUUACAGAGGUAUUAAAAAGAAGUAUUCAACUAGAAUAACAACAUCUUGCUACACCAAGAAAAAAAAAAAACAAAGCUACAGGGUGGUAAGACUAGACAGCAACCUUAACUGCUAAUACUCAAAAAGACCAGUGUGAAGGUGUUCACCCUGUUAAACAGUCCUGCAACAGCCGAAGCAGACAUCUCAAUUUCUGUCUGAUUGCACAGUAGCCAGACAAAGACCACGACACGUGAGAGUGUUUACUUUGAAUUGUUUUGACAGACAUGAUUCAUUGCACUGGGUUCUGCAGGGAAUGCUCUGUAUUUCUAUGCAAAGUAUGGUCCUCAGGGCUCAUGAUAUCAUCAUUCGCCACAGUGGAGCAUUUGACAGUCCAAUUGUCAGCAAUGUUUGUGGUAUUUUAUCUGACUAAACACUAACAGCUUCUCUUUGAGUUAAGUGUAAUUAAAGUAUGAGACAGUAAUCCUUCUCAUUAUAGUAGCUGAAAGUGAGACGAGAAAAUCUUGUGCACUCUGAUGGUUGAAGUAACUUAUAACAUUCACACAUUUUAGACUUCUGUUUAUACAAUAUGUAUUACGCAGAUAUAUUAAUAACAUUCAAAUGUUUUAGAAUUUCAGAGGUUAUUCAAAAAUGUGCACCAGAUGGUUCUCCAUACUUUUAACCUCCUGACUUUUUGAAAAAUAAUUGCACAUAAUGCAUUGUAGGACAGCCUCGUCUCUGGCUGUCUGACUGGCUGUUUUAGCCAUUCCUUUGGGGCUCACUGCAGACCAUAAUCGGUACACCUGUUGCUAGGAGACAUGUAAGUCCAAAGCCUCUCUGCCUGGCUGAGGUAUCCUUGUGCGUAUUUAACCAGCUUAAUUGAGUGCUGCAGCACCCACACAAAUAUAAGAAGCCCCACUGGUAUUACCUCUGCCACAGGCAGACACAACAAAGAAAAGCUGCCAGAUACAGUAAUAGAUACAGUACACAGUAUUAGAGAGCCGAAUGAGUCUGCACAAACACUACUUAGGACUGCCUCAUUGUGUUGAAGUCUAGAUGGAAAACAGACAGUUGGAAAAAAAUAUGAUGCCCAUCUUUAAACUUGUUGCGACAGUUCAUAAAUCUAAAUGAAGCCAUGGUGUCUGGUAUCAAGGAUUUGUAAUAGAAUAUGCCAGAAGCUGUCCAAGACAGCCUUGUAUUUCCACUGGCUUGGAUGCAUUUAGUGAUUUUGAUCCCAGUGAUUGAAUGCAAGGCCAUGACCCCAUUACUGCCUGUUUCUGUCAUUCACUCUCACAUUUGAAUGCUUUUAACCUCUUUCUUUUUUCUUUCUAAUACAUUCAACCUUUGUCUGAUCAACUCUCUCUCUCUCUGUAGUGUAGCGUCAGCCAUACCUUUCCUGGUCACUCUUAUCUCUCACUCAGCAUGGCUCUCUCAAUACACGCUGUCUGUCAUAAUACAGGGACACACUCACAGUAUAGAGCUGUGUGGAUUACAGUGCGCUGUGUGAUCUGGCUGUAUGCGGUACAGUAGUGCCUUAGGGCUGUAUUUGAUGUAAACAUGUUGGAGGCUUGGCUCUCAUUUGUUGUAAUCAGGCUUCGCGCUCAGUUCGAAAACAGUCACUAGAAGGGGAGGAGAGGGGUGAGGUGUGUGUGUGAAGGGGAGAAAGAAGGGAGAGAGGGCGACUGGGGGAAGAUAAAAUGGGUAAUAAGAGGAACUGAGCGUGGACUAGUGUAGCAAGGCCAUAUACAGACCUCAUGCAGUAUACAGUACACGCUCCUGUGUAUGUGUACGUGUGCGUGCAUGUGCGUGCAUGUAUUGACCUUGUUUAAACAAACAGUCAACCGGCCCCCUGGCUCUCUCUGCCCUCCCUCGUGUGUUGGGCAAACAGCAAGCCUGUGUGAGUGUUGUCCUCUUGUGUAUGUAUGUGUGUGUGUGUGUGUGUGUGUGUGUGUGUGUGUGUGUGUGUGUGUGUGUGUGUGUGUGUGUGUGUGUGUGUGUGUGUGUGUGAGUGAGAAUGUCCAUAGAUUCUACAAUCUGAUGCCACAGUGCCACAGUAGGGAAACCACUGCCAGAUAAAACGAACCCACUUGUGACCUUGACCAUCACGCGCCGAUUUUUACAUCUGUUGUAGACACAUGCUAGCCAAGCUGUUACACACACACACACACACACACACACACACACACCUCUUUUUCUCGUACACACACGCAUCACAAAAGUUUCCAGUUUACACCUAAGUUUUUGUGCUUAACUCCACACACCCUCUGUCACAAGCUUCAGGCUGUAGCUUACAGGCUGACUGUAUGUAGCUGCUCAUUCACUCACUCACACACACACAUACACACACACAGUCUCACCAUGGCAACCGUGGAGCAACACAGGGAAACAACUUGGCAGAGUCAGGCGCUCGCUGUGAGAAAGUGUCGAGUUACGGCAGAAGGCUAGAGCAGAGGUAGGUGAGAGGCGAGGACAGGGACGGAGAGGGGAGAGUGACAAAGGGAAAAGAAGUGGGACAAGGAGGAGGAGGGGAAUGGAGGGAUGAAAACAAGACGUAAAGAGCAAGUAGAGGAGAAAGGGGGAAAACAGGGUACCGUCAGAAAGUGAGUGAAUUCUAAGUGGUAGUUGUUGAGACACAGUGUUUGAAGAGAGCCAGGGAGCAGGUGAUGAACUCUCGCUCUCUCUCUUUGCUGUGACCAUGUAAACAUACCAUUUUUAAAAGCCACAGAGCCCAAAAUAGGUCUUCAUAUUGCUGUCAUUUUCACAUUUUGAGCUAAAGGUUAAACACUCUGGUUUAUGUUUGUCUGGGGGCUGUUUGCGUGCGUAUGCAGUGAUUGGAGAUGUUUCCCCCCUCUGCUUGUGAGCCUUAUUACUGGAUCAGUGGAACAGAUGAAAGCCAAAAAUAAAUGGCGACUUUAUUUAGUGGGAGCUGAGUGUGUAACUGUAUCCAGCUGUUUUAUUUUAGGGGAGAGGGUUCAUCCUAAAUUUGAUCCACAGGCAGAAGCGACAGCAGCAGCGGCAGCCGUAAGUUAGUUACAGGCUCCGACGAGCGCAGGCCCAGCAGCAUGUGACUGGGUUUAAUGUCAGUGCGGUUUAAUAUAAGAACUGAUCUCUAUCAGGCCUCAGUUACUUGCUGACUGACCAGCUGACAGGCAAAAAGGUGAAGAGUUAAAAGUGCAGAGACCACCUUCCUGUGGUAUUUCUCACUCGAGCAUGGAUUUAGGGUGGUGGUGGUGGAGGGGUGACUUAGGAAUGUGAAACAAGUCAAGGGUGUUUGUGUGUCGUGUGCACUUCACAGUGGCAAAGCAUCCUACACCUAGACAGUAGUAUCUUCUCUGCGUGCUUGUUUAUAUGUCCGGUGGUGUUUUAUGGAUUUUUACUUUAAAUGUGUAAAUAGGCGCCUAAAACCCGCUAGUACUCCUAUCACAGGGCUGUGGCCAUGGCUUUUCCUGGAGAUGUUAAACAAUGCUUUUAUGUUGGACAGCCACCAGCACUUUCUUUCAAAAUUCUUUUUAUUGAGUUUUCCUUGAAUGUUUUUUCAAUAGCGAAUGUCAAGGCACAAGGGAUUUACUUCAACACCUAAAAAGAAAAAAAUAUAUAUGAUAGUAAUAAAUAUAUAAUUUAGAUGACUAAAUCUGUAAAUAUCAAAGUAAAAACAUUGCAAAUUAAAUAAAAUAAAAUAACCAUAUAGAGGAAAUACAGAGGAGAAAAAAAUUAAAACAAACAAAAAAGAGUAAAAAAUAAUAAUAAUGCCAACAGCACAUUUCAAGUAACAUCUUUCAAUAUUUUACAGAGGUUUUUAAAACCCAGAGCUAAAAACUCACCACCUAUUCUGACAUGUUUCUUUCUCAACCAUAAUCUUGUAUGUAAGAAUAAUACUUGUAAAGUAAACGUUCCUCUUAGUACAGUGGUUCUCAAGUCCAGUCCUCGAGGCCCACUGUCCUGCAUGUUUUGGAUGUUUCCCUGCUCUAACACACCUGAUUCAAAUGAUCAGCUCGUUAUCAAGCUCUGAAAUGGCUUAAUAACGAGCUGAUCAUUUGAAUCAGGUGUGUUGGAGCAGGCAAACAUCCAAAACAUGCAGGACAGGGGGGGCUCGAAGACUGGACUUGAGAACCACUGUCUUAGUACAAGCUCCUGUUUUCUAAUGUUGGCAUAAGUUUAAUAAUUGUUGACUUACCUUUAUAAAGCUGCUCCACGUUUUCCAGUGAUCUACAUAAACAAAAUUGAACUCAUUCAAGGGAAACACUGAAGAGAAAAUCACUGUUUUUAUGAGAGUUGCGUCUGCAGCAGAGUGACUGAAUCAGUUUAUCUGUGUGGCGAGUUUCUGUUUGGCCAGGGGCGUUGAUUCACUGCGACUGCUGAAGUGAGCCCUUCUUUCUGGCCCUCUAAUCAGGUUUUCCUGGUCGAUUAUUUGAUUUGGAGAGAACUCCUGGCCUGCUAAGUGUAUGUUUGUCAACACUCUGGCUCAACACCAAAUCCCUCAUGUACAGAGACAGAGUAAUAGAGAAAAUACAAGAGGACUUAGAGAGGUCGAGAUUAAAAGGGUGUAAAUAAAGGGAAGGAGUAAACGCAGACCUUUUCUAUUUGGAGGUGUCGGCUUGCGGUGCUGAAUAGAACUGACAAUGUAGAGUAAAUCCUUGGCUUUUAGGUUGCUUGUGGUUGAUUUUAGAAUAAUCCAAUUCCAUUUUGUGAGCUUUUUUGCAGUGCUGUUAUCUAAGAAGUACUUUUCAGUGUUUUUUUUUUUUUUUUUCCAUUGGUCUACUUCUUCCUUAGAUACAUUCCUCCGACACUUUUAACUCAUUUUAUGCUGUCUGGAACACACAUGGUGCUGCAAAUAAACAUGCCCUGAUUUAUGGAUGCACACAGGCACACACACACACACACACACACACACACACACACACACACACACACACCCUUUCAAAGUGCACUACAGGCAUGCAAACAGUCACAUGCACACAUAUACACCCGUGCAAGCUCUGCCUGUCUGUCCUCACUUCCACAGGGUGCAGACAUGACCAUAAAAACAAGCAACACAAACCACAAGACUGUUGAUCCCUGUGACUCCAUGUUUUUUCUUUGAAUCGGGAAUAAUGGUGUCAUUUACAACCAUGGAUUUCAUUCAGACUAGGAUGCAUACGAUUUGGACUUUCAUGUGGCUUUUGAGAUCUCAUGUGGUUUUCAAAGAUGAACCUAUUACUGGUUAUUAAAGGGGCCUCAUGCUGCCUUGGUACUUCUUCCUUCCGAAUACAUUUCAUGUGCCACAUACAGCAGUUUUGAGCAUCGGUUAGGUCGCUUCCACUUUGGCGCUGGUGUUGGAAAAUUUCUCAGUACAUGCAGCAGGUAACAGUUUACUGCAGCACCGAAAAAAGCAACAGCAGCAAUCAAGUUUAGGUAGGAAGCGCACACACCCAAAACGAGCACAGGUUACUCAUCUGUUUACUCAUUCUGAGGGAGACAUGCCUCCAUCAGUGAGCAGCUGAAACACAUGGAGGAUGUGGUAGAGGAGUAACAACAUACCUCGGGGCGGGUAGUUUUCCCCGCAGACAGAGCUGCCGGGUUUGAGAAUUUAUAAGCCAGAAAUAAAUCAGCAUUUGUCAAAGGAAUGAUUGAUUUAUGACCACAUGAAAAACAACUGCUUUCCUGAUAGCAUAAUUAUACAUGGCAUUAGAAGUGACUUUUUAUAUUAAUACAGUUGUUUUUUGUCAAGGUGAGGUAAGAGUGAUAUUUUGACAGGUAUGACAUUUUGCACAUGGUCCUGGUUAGAGUGAGAAAAAGACCUUUUCUUUUUAUUCCUUCGCUCUUUUUCAAAAGAAUAAAUUAAUAUCAAGUAUGUCAAAGACCCGUCUGAACCCUACAGGUCCUGAGCUGUAAGUUUGAGACUGUAUUUGUCUACCAGCCUGGACCUGCACCCCUUAGCCAAGCCUUCUUUAUAGCCUUUGGCCCUGUCUUCCUUUUAAACCACCUGAGACAUGAGGCUAGUCAUACAGGGUUGAUUUUGGAUGUUGAAUUUUUUAUGUAAAUAUCUAAAAUGAUGCGUUAGUCAAACUGGGGUUGAGAUGACCAAAGUGCUUCGUAAGUUCUUGGUGUUUUUUUUUUUUUUUCAUUUUGUUAACUUACCAAAAAAGAUUUCCUCUUGUACUAUUUUCAGUUCAGUUCUGUUUGGUGAAGCAAUGUCUUUAUUGAAUUCAGUAGCAAAACCCUGCAAGACUUAAACAGCUAAGAACAGUAAAGCAUCAGAAAGAUUUAGGCUUUACCAUCCUGCCUGCUUAAUAUCUGCCUCUGGGGCCCUGCACUCUCACAUGACCCUCUUCUAACACGGCAUAGAUUUUCAGUUUUUCCACAGUUCAGCUCAUCAUUGGCUCCAGUACACCUUGACUUCUUUCACCACAGAGGGCUGUUUUGAAAGUAGCAAAAGCAAGAGUGAGAGUCAGAAGGCUACCUGUUGAUCCAAUGACAACAGUUCCAAUAAACACCAGUGCCACCACUGGUUCCAGGAGGACACCUCACACUAAUGCUGGAAAAAAGCAGUGUUUAAUAAUUCCACAGAAAAACCAGUACAAUUAAUUGGCAAGAAAGACAAUAUUUUGAAACAAAGCAUGCUUUUCUCUGGAAGUGCUAGCUCACAGUUUCUCGUCGAGUACAUACUGUAUGUUUCCAGGUUCUCACUGUGACUAAUUUAAUCCUUUUUUAUAUUUUAGCUGGUUUUGGAACAGUUCACGACAAAUCCCAAGCUGCACCCACUUUUUCUCCUUCCACCGACCCCUCCCCACAUUUGCACCAAACAUUGACACAGCGGUGUGUGACGCAGACCUGCAGGCAGGAAAGGGUCAGGAGCCAGCUGUGGCAGGGUUGAGGUUUGGCAGUUCCUGGGGUGAAACAGCAAUGAAUGGUCUUGUUCUUCUCAGUUCCCUUCAAUGGGCUGCCCUCCAUCAGAGCUGGAGGUGUGGACUGCGAGGGCAGUACGCCGGGAGUGUAUGUGUAUGUGUGUGUGUGAGGGGGGCUGCCAUCUUGCAGCUAUCAGUCUGCCAAGUACAACAUUACAACAGUAGUGGGAUUGUGUGGCCUGAGUGUUUGUUCUGUCCCUCUGAGGAGGAAAGGUCCUGCUCUCCUCUCCAUCUUUCCCUUGUCUCUCCCCAACACGCAACACUUCUCCUUCAUAGAACAUCUCACCUGCUUGUAUAGAAACCAGGAUGCCAGCAGUGCUCUAGCUCUUACUGAGGAGGCAGCUGCUUUCCCAUGUGUGCCAACCAGACUGGCAUGCAUAAACCGCUGGAUUGAAAAUGUUGACAUUUUUGCAGGCCUUUUUCCCCCCUUUUUAAGAUUAGAUUAGAUUAGAUUAGAUUAGACUGACUAGAUGAAACUUUUUUGAUCUUUUUGGGAAGAUCUCCUCAAGGAAAUUAAAACCGCAUUGUAACUUUUAAGUGUGUUUUUUUUAUGUCUGAGACCACACACACUUGGUUGAAUGUGUCACAGAUAGUGCUUUUGUACAACUUUGUGCCAAAUUUAAUAUUUGAACUCAUUUAAUUCCACAACUUUAUCAUCUUAUAUUUUGUCUUUAAGGCAUAACCCAUUAUUUUCAUGUUCCAGCAAACCAGUAGUUUUUUCAUAUUUUUUUAAGCCAAUCCAGUGCUGCCCUUUUGGUUUUUAAAUGCUUUUUACAGUCACUAUAGGUGCUAACAACCCCUGUCUGGUCUUGAAGAGAUUAUUCUGGCCAGGUUCUAUGGCUCUGGUAGGGUUUUUGGAGAAAACUGUGCCCAGCAGAGAGGAAGGCAUGCAAGGGAAAAAAUUACAAGUCUUAAGAGUUAAAAACAUUCAGCCAAACUAGUUUGAAGCCAAAGCUCCAGAUGAAUCUCCAGCGGCUCUUCCAGAAAAGUCAUAACACUAUUGACCUGACAUUUAGAUUCCCUCCAAAAAUGGUUGCCCUCUGCUGGCAGUGGAAAUGAGGAGCGUAUUCUUUUGUUCACACCUCUCAUCUAGACCCAAAAAACUCACAUCUGUUUUCAAUUCUCUUUUUCUCUGUCAUGUCUCAGCUCAUCGGCUACAGCGAGAAGCCUGUCAACUUGCAGAUGUUCAUUGGAACGGCAGACGACCGUUACCUGAGACCGCAUGCCUUCUACCAGGUGCAUCGGAUCACCGGGAAAACCGUAGCCACAGCCAGCCAAGAAAUCAUAGUUUCCAGCACCAAAGUUCUUGAAAUUCCUCUCUUGCCUGAGAACAACAUGUCAGCCAGGUAGGUGUCAUAAACACCUCAGGGUUAUAAAAAUCAGUCAUGUGAUUAUCACCAUCAAGAAAUAACAGUCUGAUCAAACGGAGACCACAUUUAUGAUCAUACGGGACAGAAACAUGGUCCAGAGCAGAUUUGAUAGAUUUCUGAAUUUAGAUUAAUGGGAAACCUAAAUAGAGAGGGAAAACUUGAGGGUUUCCCAUUAAGCAGUAAAAACAAACUUAAUAAAAAUAUUUAUGAUUCUGAUUACUCCUAUAGUUGUAUUUAUAUAGGGUCUGGUUUCAUUUACACUGGAAUUCAUAGGAAGGGGUUUGCUUUGGGGUUUAUUCUUAACAGUUGUAAUAAGUCAUAUUUACAGGCAUUUUUAUUUUAUGAUUCAACACUGAGUUCUCCUCUCAAUGCCCGUCCCCUGCUGGGCAUGUGGUUGGUUUUAUAACCCCCAGACCUUCGCUACUUAAAUGUGCCGUAGAUGAUUGCAAUCCCUGUGGUGCCUUAUGGGGCCAAAUAUUUUCCCUCUACCUCGUAGUAUCGACUGUGCUGGCAUCCUGAAGCUGCGGAACUCCGACAUCGAGCUGCGAAAAGGGGAGACGGAUAUAGGAAGAAAGAACACAAGAGUACGUGUUGUGUUCAGAGUGCACAUCCCUCAACCAAACGGGAAAGUGCUGUCACUGCAGGCCUCCUCUAUUCCUGUAGAGUGCUGUAAGUGUCCAGAAACACACGCACUUACACAGCCAAACAAGCUCAUUCAGAAAAUUUGCCAAAUAAACAGACAAGAAUACACACAAAAACUGUACCGUACUCAACUGUCCUAGACUGCAAAAUAAUCAGAUGUGUUCCUUUUACUGUGUCUGCCUGUACUGAUAUAUGUUCUCUUGUCUAUGCUAGAAAAAAAUGACCCUAUUCUCCGUGUAUAAUCCUCCUCUUUUAUCCUCAACUCAGCCCAGCGUUCAGCUCAAGAGCUGCCCCAGGUGGAGAAAGCCAGCCUGACCAGCUGUCUGGUCAGCGGGGGAGAAGAGAUGGUCAUCACUGGCUCUAACUUCUUCCCGGAGUCCAAGGUCAUAUUCCUGGAGAAAGGCCCUGGUAUGUUUGAUGUUUGCACAGCAGCUCAACCUUAAAACAGCACAGAAGAAACAGCUUGUGCCAAUUAUGAGCGUUUAAAAAAAAGUCAUGUUUUAUGGUUGCUGACGGAUUUUAUCACAGAGGCCACCAGAGUAAAUAGUUCAUGUGUCAUUUACUGGAGGGGGAGUUGGUCAAUGAUAUAUUUAGGCUGCAAGUUAGUGUGAGUAUUGCUUAUACACUGACAUAGAUUUGUAAAUGAGCAGGAACUCUGCAGACGGUUAUAGAAGUUUUUGAAGGAGUCAUGGCUGACAGGUGUGCUGAAGAUGUUUUUCUCUUUCUCUAUCUUGAUGUAAAUGAAAUACACUUACACUGGAAGAAAAAUAUUAAAAUACAUUAAAGGAAGAUAUUACUUUAAAGGCCUGAGACAUGGAAAUUUGAUGCUAGAAGAUGAGUCUGUCUAACCUGCUUUGCACUGCCUAUGUAACUACAAGAUGAUAGAAUAAACAGCACGUAUGUCAGCGUAGCUUUGAUUAGAUUAGAUUAGAUUUCCCUUUAUUCAUCCCUCAGUGGGGAAAUUAAAAUUGUGAACAGCAGCAGUACACACAACAUACAAAAAACUAAUGAAUAAGAUAAAAGAACAAGUGUAAAAAAGAAAGAGCAGUGCAAGGGAAGGACAGUAUUAAAGACAAGUAUAUGAAAAAUAUAAAAAGAGAAAAAGAUCAGUGCCAACAAAAAACAGGUAUGGAUGUGAGGAUGAUAGCAAAAUAGCAAUAUAUUACAUUUAAAAACUGGAAGUAAGACAGAUUUAUUUGUUGAAAAUAGUUAAAAAUUGAGAGAAAGUUACUGUCAAAAAAUGAAAUUACAAUGAAGCUCAAACAGCCAUUACCCAAUCUUAUACCUUGGGCUGGUGCAGUCAUUUCCUUUGAAUAAAAUGAAUGUAAUACGCAAAACAGAGGCACGCUGUGUGUCAACACUGGUUUGUGUUGUGAAAAUGUUACUCACAAUUUUUGCUUUGCAUUAACUGAAAAACAAGGGGGAGGUGUGCUGCAUUUACAGUUCCAGUUUAUAUAUGCCGAGAAGAACACGCACUGCAGUAACACCUUUGGUGCAACUCCUGUUGACAGAAUAGAGUUUUGAAAUGAUAUGGAGGAAGUCUCCACCUUGUAAAAAUGUAUGACUUUAAAUGUUGUUCCAGUGUUAUCAGCAAAAGUCUCCUCUGGGGAGAUAAUUGAGUUGAAUUCUCCAUGCCAUUCAUCCUGUUUGUUUUCUAUCACUGCACUUUCUCUGCCUUUCCUCUGUGCAAUCACAACACGUGUAAUAGCUGGAAUCCCUCAGAUGGAAAUUUUAAAUAGGUAGCAUUUGUUGAGCCAGUCCCUGCCUGCCCGAGAAACCUUUGUCAUGCAGAGCAACAGAGUCAAGUUCACACAUGGCAGAGAGUGAACAGUGUUGUCUUUGCAAGUGAGAAGAACCAUUCUUUCUCUAAGACUUUGUCAGGGUAAAAAACAGCCUGUAGGAAUGCCUUUAGCUCCUUCAGGUGAAGCAUGGCAUAAAAACGAAGCGUGGCUCAAACAACUCACUGACAGUUAAAUAAGAGAGAACCUUCGAGAGGUGCAUCUUGGAUGAAGCUGGGCCCCUUGGUGCAGGAAGGCAGCGGACUGUGGAAGGAGACAGAAAGAGCAUGAAAGGGGAGGGGAAGAUGAUGUUGAUUAGGUUUUUGUAAAUCAUCCCCUUCAUCAUGACUAAUCCGUCCGCUUUAGCGCAGAAAGACACUGAUUGGAGUAAGUACAGAAGUGGAAGAAAAGAAUGAACUGGAGGCAGUGACAGACAUUUUUCCACCAUCUCUCAUAAUUGAAAGACAGCAGUGGGAUCAUAAAGAAGUGCAGAGACUGGCCUAUAGUUUCCAGUGCACACAGACAGAUUAUGAAUUUGUACUAUAAACGUUCUACAUCUGUGUUGUGAUGCCAUUUGUUUAUCUGUGAUCUGUUUCUUUUUUGAAGCAGGAUAACAUUAAAUAUGUUAACCUUCACUGCCCAUUGUUAUGCAGUUCUUUGGUUUGAUUGCUGUUCCUUUACUCCCUUAAUUAAAUCUUUGUUCAAAUCAUCUAAUUUUAAGCUGAUAUAAUCUGUAGAGCAGGUAUAAGACUUUUAGAAACAUGAAACAGAUGUCUGUUUUUCCUUUCUGGUUUUAGCAGUGGUUCCAUUCAGGCUUUCAAGGUAAAAUUAAAACAGUCUUGAAUCACAUCUAUUUAUUUUUCCUUUUUUGAUAUUUAGGGGAAGAUCAGGAUAAAAUGAGAGUAAAAGGAUGACAGAACAAGCGAGUUAAUAAAUGUAGAAUUAGGUCCAUAAUGAGUAUGAGUUUUUCAAUUUUACAGGGCUGACUGUUUAUGUAAAGGAGUAAACUCGGCGGGCUGAAACACUACCUGCUUUGACUAGCGGUUAAACCAGCGUGUGCAUUCUGCAGUCACCAGAUAGUUUUGGUUGCAAAAGCCAAACAGCUGCAGGCUUUUACAAAGAGACUGCAACGUAAACAGCAAUCACCCUCAUCAUUUCAUUUCUAUCUUCUAGCACAAUGGGUGCACACUUGCGUUCCCCUCUGACUGGGUGUUUUGAGGAUGGGAGUCAUUGUUUUAGGUGGUAUGAGGUUCCUGUCGGUGCUUGUUGUCUGACAGAGCAUGAGGGGCCCUUGCUUCUGCCUGUUGAAUGUCAACAUGCUGCGCUGCAAUAAUGCACCGCUGUCAGCUGCAAAGACAUUUGAGGUCAUUUACCUGUCAUUUAAAAGUGAAGCCCUCUCCUCUCGGUCUGUGUGGUGUUGUGACUGGUUAAUGUUCCAGUGGAUUACUGAGAGCUAAUGAUAGGGAGAUUCAAAUGGGUAAAGUGCUGUCUUUAAGCAACAGAAGAGUGUGGAUUUGGGUAGGACGCUGAUGAAGCUAAAGUAACCAGGCUUACGGUUGAGUGUUUACUUUGAAAAUAUGGGCUACUCCUCUCUGCAGAAAUGUUGCAGAUGCCUAACAGCGGUAUCUGAGGGAAUCCUUUUGGGUUCUUGGGAGAGGUCAUGCAGGUGCAGAGUGAGAUUGCAUCAUGUAAACACAAAAAAGCAGCAGACUGCAUGUUUGUUUUCUAAAGAUCUCAUCAUGCUGUUUUUUUUAUGGUCAAAGUUUUGAUGCUAUUGCAGCAGUGAUAACCAGAUCUCCCUCUAACCACACUGUAGGUCUGUCAGUGUUUUUAUCCUGACUGCUUCCUCCAAGCAUCUGCCCUUAAGAUGUCUGGCCAAAUAAUUAGAUCUUUCUAAGGGAAACUGGAAAGGAUGUUUUCUAGCCAGAAAUCUGGCAUUGCGCAGAGGCAUUUUAAAAUGAAUACAAUUAUUCCACUGGCCCUUCCAUAAUUCUAACCAGACUAGACAAACAGCAGAAUAUUUGGACAUUUGAUUACUAUUUAAUAGCUGCUAAGAUUUUCUCCAUGGGGCGUCUGGACCUCUUAAAAUGACCUCAUUUUUCAUGUCUCCUGGUUCUGCGGAAUAAAGUGAAAUCUUGUGCUUUCUGAUGCCUCAUGUGGGUCUUAAUCUCUGUCUGUUUGAGAAAGCACUGUACUCUGACAUCAUCAUUAAAAUGGGGGGAAAAAAACAGAGAAAGACACCAGAUGAGGACAGUUGCUUUUAAAAAAAAUAUUGCAGACUACAUGUCAAAAGGGAACUUGUGAAACCAUGGCCAUCACUAUAUGUUGGUAGCCGUUUUUGGUCAUUGCUUAUACGUGAAUAAAAUUAUUUAAAUAUAAUGUUUAUAUUUUUAUCCAAAACUUGAACUAUUUUUAAUUCUCUUAAUUUUACAAUUCCAGUGAUAACAGACCAGAAUGGGUCCUUCCACAGAUUAUUUUAAUGCUCAUCAACUGUUGUGGUUUCAUACAGUAUAAACAGUAAUAAAAUCAUAUUUUCUCAUUCUCUCCAGAUGGGCGACCACAGUGGGAAGUUGAAGCAAAAAUAAUUCGUGAAAAAUCUCAAGGAGUAAGUACUCUCUCUUUUUAACAACACAGGUGUUCCUCGCCAUUCUGUCUGUUAUAUUUGCACUUCAAUAAACUUUUCUGCUGUAAGUUGUGAAAUGAUUUUUGCAUUUUAUGGUGUUCAAAUAGCAUGCAAAUAGUUUAAUGUUUUCUCUGUAAUGGGUGGAUGGAAAUAAUGUUCAAUGGUUUUUCAUUUGUAGUCAUGCAUCGUGGUGGAGGUCCCUCCCUACCAUAGUAAGACUGUGGGCUCAGCUGUGCAGGUGCAGUUUUAUGUCUGCAAUGGAAAGCGGAAAAGGAGCCAAUCACAACGCUUCACUUACCUCUCAGGUAAGGAGAGUUUCCUGAAUCUUAAGAGGAUUUUUUUGUUCAUAGUUUUUCCCCCAACAUUUCAGCUCCUAGGCUAGAAAAGAAAACCGCUUUGUUACUUACUGUAAGUAUUUCAGACCUUACGACAAAUUGCUGAAACCAAUGCUUCAAAAGUCAUUUUGCUGAGAGUCUCUGAAGCUCUUCUUUGAAUUUUUAGGUAUGUGUAUUGUUCCCAGCUGUAGUCAAUCUCUCAAAGUCAUGACAAAAAGACAGACCGAGACAGUUGUAACAUACUUUUCAUGUCGCACCCUUCUCCACAGGGCUUUGCUGACCCCUUUUUUCUGCUCCCCUCCCCAAAGAAAACACUACUGUGGUUCAGAAGAGGGUCUUCCAUGAACAUUAACAUUAACACCUGCCAACUGUUUGUUUACUAAAGCUUACUCCCAUGCACGCUUCUAUGAUGCAAAUCCUUUGCUGUCCAGGAAACUUUCAUAAUUGUACAGUAAACUUUGAAUUUUGGUUUCAUAUAAUUAUCCCAGCAUUAAAAAAAUCCCUUUUUUUUAACAUUUUGAUCAGAAAGUUUCCUUCAUUUCCCUCAUUAAAGCUAAAUUCCUUCCUUGCUAUCUGAUAUUGUUAUUGUUUUUCUUUCUCUUGAAGUUAGUCAAACUGAAAACAAUGUUGGCGGAAUAUAAUGACAAUUUGUGCAACAUGUCUAAACCAUGAGUUUUACCACAACAGUGCGUAUGUUAGUGUGUGUAUGCAUAAAGCAGCCUUGCCCCUCCACCCACCCAGCCUUUCUGUUUGCAAGCACGCCCACUCGGCACAGACAGUUCCUGUUUUCACCGUUAACAGAUCAGGGCAGCCAAUCAAAGCAAAGUAGCGUAACCCCGCUCUGUCAGGCAAGCUGGGUUUCUGACACCACCAGUGUCACCACGGACAACGCCUGCUUUAUUGUGGCAAAAAAUAAAACUGUUUUAUUGUGGGCUGGGUUGUAGAAGGCUUGUCCCUGUUUAGGGAAAGAAUAGUCUGGAAAAAGUAUGUUUUUAAAAGAGAAUUUUCAUGAAGAAGGCCCCUGGCGCCCUUUAAAAGCUGCAUUAAGACUGGAUGAAAUAUGAAAACAACCUGAACCUGAUCCCACUCUAUGUUCAAAUACACUGUACUUUACCCUUCUCGUAACCUUCAAUCCCAUCAACUCCAUUUUUAGCCAGAGUAAACCCCAUUUGGCCUUUUCAUGCCCCUCGCCUUUCAAUCCCAGAAGCAGAGAGGGGUGAGGAGAGGGCAUGAUCAGUGAACUGGUUUGUUCUGUUGUCUGCCGUCUGAUCUGGGCUGCGGGGCAUUCAGCUCCUCUUCCCACACAGCAUUUCACAUGAUGGCACCCAGAAUGACAACAUAUGCUCUCCCUCUGAUUCAGAGCUGGAUAAAAAUAAAACUCACUGUCACAAGGCACCAGAUUGAGAAAUAGGUUACUGAUUGGCAUAGCAGUGCUGUUAGCUGUCACAGUAAAAGGGAAUGGCCCCGUUUAUUAUCGAGAUGUCUAUCAGUUUGUGGCUUUUUACAUCUGGAAGGAGACCCACUUCACAAACCUUGAAUUUGAGAGACUAAGUUCACUUGCUUCGAGAUUCUUCUGACCUAGUUUUUCUGGUUGUGCUGAGCAUUUUUUCAUCUUAAAAGCCACAAAUUGAGGGGGCUAAUCUGUGGGUGUUGAAAAGACAACAGAAGAAAAUGAACCGCUCCAUUUGUAAAGCUGUCUUGAUGUCAUUGUACUACUGUACCUGGAGCAAAAAUAGCUGCGAAACUGACGAUGUUGCAACGCAGUGACUUGAGAAACUUAAAAGAUAACGUACUCUUACUCAUAAGCAGUGUUUGAUUGAUAGACCUAACUGACAAUGUGUUUUUUUUUCUUUCAUCCUGUCACUCUUUCCUCUUUCAUCACAUGUCUCUUCCUCCCUUUCUCUUUGUUCCUCUCUCUCUCUCUCUCUGUAGUCAUGGUAAAACAGGAGAAUAGAGAUGAGCUGGACCUUCCUGCAGUACCCCCUAUGUCCAUGCCCCUGGCACAUGCUGCCAGUUUGGUGCACACCCAGAUGCCUUCUCCUGAGCAGGGCCACCCAUCGGACAACCUUCUGUCCAGCUCCCCUCGCGGCCUGGCCUCGGGCUCCGGACCUGGCCUGCUACCCUUGCAGGCCCCCUGCCCCUCCCUGGGCUCCCCGUCUUUCCAGCACCUGCCUCACCUACAGGGGCGCAGUUUGCAUCACCCCCCCGCAGACUGCCACAUGCCGUUCCACCCGAGUCCUGCUCCUCUCCGGCCCUCCUACCAGCCUAUGCAGCACAGCCACAGCCACAGUCACAGCCACAGUCACGGUCACAGUCUGCCCUUCAACGGCCAGUCUAGCUUGCCCCCUCAAGGGUACGAGCGAUUGCCCUUUCAGCACAGCCCCAGUGCAGCACCACACCAAAUGGGCAUGGGAAUAGUGUACCCUUCAUCCCCCUGUUCUUCACCAUCAGCACCCUCCUCUUCCACCACCAACUCCAUUUCUGGGUCUCCUCAGAGCCAGCAACCCCUGCUUCCCCCUUCAAACCCUCACCUCCACACACUUGGAGGCUAUCACCCAAACCCCACCCAGGUUCCCUCUCCAGGUGGCCACCCACUCGUGGCGCAGCACUCCUCCCAGCUGCAGAGGGCUAUGGGCUACCACCCUGUGGGUCAACGGUCAGCAUCCUGUCCCACAACAUCCAGUGCCCCACCGCCGCCACGGAUGAUUCCCACUCCACACUCUGGGCCAUCUUCUCCUCAGCUCCACUCUCUACCCUACCAGUCCCCCACCUCAUCAUCCCCCACUUCUGGAGGCAGCCCCCUGGGUCCCCUACAGCAGCAGCAUUCAGGACAGCCUUCACCCCAGGCCACAAGCCCCGUCAUGACCAGCCUGUCCCCGGCUGCAGCGGGGCCUCUGGUUCACCCUCUGAGCCCGCAGGGGUCCUUCUCACCAGAAGGAGAAAGGCUGAACAUCAAGCAAGAGCCAGAGGACAGGGAGCCCACCUUCCGCUCUAUCGGCCUGCAGGACAUCACGCUGGACGAUGGUAAGAUAUUUGUUCACCUUACUAACCUUUGUAACAACAAAAUGAUUUUGUUUUUACUCUAAAAGCUGGUUAGUCCACACAGAGGGGCACAGGAUGUCAACAGAAGGUUAUGUUAACCUGAACCUCAUGGAGGGAGUACUUUAGAACAGGUAGGGUGGUCAGAGAUAAACAGGUUACACUGCACACACAGAACAUUUUAGAUGUUUUAAAAGAGAUGCUGUCGGAUGCUUACACUGUUUUUGUUUUGUUUUUUAAUUCAUGUCUCUUUUUUUCUGCUCUUCCUCUCUUCAGUUUUCGGUCAGUCCAGUCUUUUUCUUUCAUUAUCACAUUUCCCUCUCAUUUUUAUUUGUAUAGCAGCCCCAUCUGUGAUUCAUCUCCUAUCAGUCUAAAUCAAGGGUCUGCUGAGAGAUCAGAAUCACUCUGCCAUACGUCAUUGUCAUGAUAAAUUUGUUGUGACAUACAAAGGCACAGAGCUCCAGUUGGAUUUUUCAGGGGCUGCCUGAAACCAUGAUGCCUGAUAAUAGUGACAGCGUUUCACCUGUUAUAAAAGCAUGCUGUGGCGUACAUAUUGAGGGGUCCUGUGACUUGGUGUCAUGUUACAUAGACAAACUAGAACUGAUAAGGGUGCUAUCACAUUAAGGUGCUUAAUUGUAAACACAAUGCUUUUGUACAUCUGGCAGCAGUUUGGAGAUUAAUUACACUCUGUAUUUUGUGGCGUGUUGGGGCGAGAGACAGGCUUGCAUCAUUAUGUGCUACUUGCAAGGACUGCAGCGGGAAAACAAAAAACUACCGUUGUGUUUUGCCGCAGCAAUUACUUCCUCUGUGUGUUUCUGUGUAUGUGAGCAGCUGUGUAGGUGUUCUAACGGCCUUAAUUAGCAUGUUUAGAAGAACUUGUUGACUUAACAAUUGACUGGUGAAGUCAGAGCACGUAUUUAGCAGCUUUUUUUUUUUUUCUCUGUCAUUCAUAAACUCUGCUUCCUUAUCUAAAAUGUGUGUCCAAAACUAUUCUAGGUCAUCAACAUCCUUAUCUUGAUUUCACAGCAUUGGUCUGUUUUGUUAACUCCAGCACCACAUUUAAAUGAGGCUCCUAAAGGUUUAGGGUUAAUAAGUAGCCUGGUGAGACUGUGUCAGAGAGGUGUGAUAUUGUGUGCUAGGAAGGGUCAGCCUAAUUAACACAGAGCCAAUGUCAAUAAGUCAUGUGUGAAAGACCAACAAGCACUGAGGUCCAUCAGAUCGUAAAACACACGACCAUGCAUGUUACUUAUGUAAUCAGUGUACCUAAUCGUAUAUGACGACUUCGCUUUUCUGUCUUUUUUUUUAACAGGUUCACAUGCAGUCGCAUCUUUGCACUCAGACAACCUUUAUCAUCAUAAAUGUUUCACCUCAAAAUCAAAUUUAGACACACAGCUUCUCUAAAAGUAGCCGGCCAGAGUUGCUCUAAUGAAAAAAGUGUAAGAAAAGUUUGUGAGUGACACGGUUCAGCCGAGAAUGUAAGCUCUCCCUUUGAGCCUGUGUCUAAAAAUAGCUUUCUGUGCCAGCCCAGCUCUGUAGGCCAUGUUUUGGAGUAGCACUGUGAGGCUUAAAACUACAGCUCUGAGUUUUAGAAGGUCGCAGCUCUCUCUCUUAAGUAGACCAUUUUCACUCAAGUUUGACAUGGAUGGAUGGGCCAAAUAUUUGUAGGUAAUGAGUAGUAAGACGUGCACAACAUUUAUUUAAUGAAACAAUUUCAAAAGUGUAAGCAAACAUGUAAAAAUAUCGGCUGUUUAAAGUCUGCAAAUAUAUUUACAAAUGUUCAUCAGGGCUGCAUGAUGUUGAAAAAAUCUGAUCUUGCAUUUUUUUUAUUUCUUUUUGCAAAACAUAUUGAAAAAAACAAAAACAAAAACAGAAAUUUAUACCAGAAAAAUGCAGUGUAGUUGAAGUGCUUAGAAAUGCAUGCAUACUAUUUAUAAUAUGGAUCUUUAAGUCUACCUUCCUAUUUCAGAUCGAAUCCCCCUCCCACUGAUAUCACACUGAGCCCGGCCCUCUGAGAGCAGCUUUGGGGGGAGUAGAAAGUAUAAGUGUAGCAGCAUGUUACCACAUAAAAUACAAAAACUCACCUUCUUUUUUUUAAAUUUAUUUAUUUGGAUCCCUAUUAGCUACUAACUAAGUAGCGGCUACUCUUCCUGGGGUCCACAAGAAGACAGUAAACAAUCGCAUAGAUUAAAAUGAUAAAAAUCCAAACAGGAGAACUAUUCAAGAUGUUAAAAUCAUAACUAAAACAAGAAUUAUGAUGACAUUACAUUUACGGUUACAAUAGACACCAAUAAAAGCCAAGAUAAAUCUACUAGUAAUCAAAAUCUCAUUGGCAUGUAUUGUAUGUUGUCACAGCCUAAUGACUCUUCUGCAUAUGGUUUUCACAUCACUGCAAUGUUCUCGCACUGCAGGUGUAGAGGCUUCAGGUAAAAACUCAGAGCUCAUCAGUUUGUGUUAAUUUGCUCCAGAUGUUAUCAAGCACUGACAUAAGCAGGACAUCACUUUCCUCAAGAUCUGUCUCAUUAAAUCAAGCAUUUCCAGGUAUCUGCAGCAUUGGGACUUGCAUGCAUGUUUACAUUCUACAUUCAUGUGACAUUGAGAAAUAUAUAUAUAUUGUUCAGCCCAAACUCCAGUGUCCUCCAGAACAAUCCUUUAAAGAUGCAUUGUGAAGUAUUUUGCAGAGCAGACUCGGUAGAAAUGGAAUUCAGUAUUCAUAAGUAUGUUAAAAAUAGCGUACAAUGACCUGAAUAUAAAUCUUUUUGGUUCCCUAAGAAUAAGCCUUUUUUAUCUACAUAAGAGUGGGUCCCUUUUAAAGGGAAAACAUACUUGACUCUCCAUGUUCCUAAAGUAGCAAGUAGUGACAAAUGUGUUUUUGUAUAGAGUAAAUAGCCAUGAGUAAAGCUACACUUGAAAGAUGGAGAGGGAGAGAGUGGUUUCUUUGUACAAAAGAAGUGUACUAAUAGAUAUAAGCUGGUGGUGACAAAUGAAGGAUCGUACUCAUCAUGCAUCACCGGAACCUCUUGUCCUCAAAGACGUAUGUUGUUUCACAAACAGAGAGGUCAGAUGAUGCUUCCGAUUCUUUACCUUGUAAUUCUCCAGAUUUAGAAAAUAAAUCUUUAGUAAAAUAUUUUGAGUUUGGGAGUUUUUUAUGUUUUUUUUUCUAGAAGCAGGUAACAUAUAUUCAUAAAUUUAAUAUCAUACAGGCAUUUCACCUGAAAUUACCUCCUGCUGCAGCAGUAUCACAGAUUUGUGUCAGUGGCAUGAGAAGGAAUAUGAAUGUGAGUGUGUAGAAAACUGCUCUGGUUAGCAAGCAGAUGGCCUGUGUGACGCACACCAGAGCAUGCUUGAGAUAUGUGUGUGUGUUUGUGUUAGAUGAGAUAUUGUGUUUGUGUGUAUCUGUUUGAUGUAGUGGAGGAGUGAGUGUACUGUGUGUGUGUGUGUGUGUGUGUGUGUGUGUGCGUGUGUGUGUGUGUAAGGCAGGAGACACAGGAGGUGAGAAGACAGACUGACAGACAGAUGGACAGACAAGGUCAGGAUCCAAGCCCACUGCAGGGUCACUCAGCCGAGACGUUCAAUCUGAAAUGUGCUUGGCACCUCAGAUGAAAGUAAACAAAUAUGAGAGAUGAUUUUAUGCUUUGUGGACUGUAGAUUGUAAAUGGGCCGUUAAAUCUUAACAAAGCAUCGUAUUAGGAGUCAGAGUGUAGUAUAUGGAAAUCUCAGGAUAAAAGGGUUUCAGCAUAAGGCCACUAUCAUGAAGUGCUUUGAAAGGCAGGUCUUGUAUUGUUAAUGUUUUCCACACCCAGCACUGAGACUGCAGUGUGUUGCUACUCCACCAGAAACACAAAUACAGGCGCUCUUCACUCUCUUUCUAUUUCAGGACUUAAGGAUAAGCAGGUAUAGAUGACUGAUGGACUUAAAAUAUUAUAACUGCAUCUCUAUUCACUAAUCCCUGGUGAGACAGCCAGCCAGGUUUACCACAUUGGUGUCAGAUUUGUUACUCAUGAUGAACACAGUCGUUGCCUGAUGAGCCGGCCUUCCUGUGAUGGUGGUUACAGCCAUCUCUGAAGCCUUUGUGCUGCAGGAACUGUGCAUUCAGCUAAUUAAUCAGCUCAUGACGAUCCCUCUAUUUUCAGAGUAUGCAUAGGAGGGUCCUUUGUGUUGGUCCUUGUGUGUUGGUUAAGAAGAAGUGUGGUGUCUACAGUAGGAGUCCAGCAAGCUGAGCCCACAUUAACAAUUGCCAUGUUACAAUUACAAUUUUGUUUGAUAUUGUAGAGUAUAGGAGAUGGUCCUAUCUAGGGGUGUCUCGAUACUAUAUGAACGAUACGAUAUUGAUAUCAGCUAUCGGUCUGUUAUCAAUUUUGUGUCAAUAUCGAAGGCUACAAUAUCGGUAUCGUACCGGAAGUCAAAAAGUUGUAUCAUUUUUGCAAAUAAAGAUCUCAGUUAUGAAGACUUUGGACAAACACAGCAGUAGGUUAGCUUUACUUAGAAUGAAAGACAACAAAUUCUUUUAGCUAACUCUUCUAAGAUGAAAAAAUAAACACAGAACUAAAACAUAAAAGGACUCUGAGUUUUGUUAAAGACUUCUUCUUAGUGGGAAGUAGUCACCUCAUUAAAUGUUUGCUGGUUAACCUGACAGUUUCUCUCACAUAAGAGAAAGUCCAGCAUCCAUCAUCUUGUUAUACUGUAGCAUUUUAGCAAGUUACAAAGCAGGGUGAGGCACAGAUCCAGGCUAGCUGCUUCACCCUGUUUCCAGUCUUAACGCUAAGCUAUGUUAGCUUGUGAUUUAAUAACAGAUAUGAGAGCUUGAUAGCUCUUGUCACGUGACUCAAGGAAAGAGAGAGAAAGCGAAUAUGUGGGACUAAUGCUUUAACAGGAGUUCUUUGUAACUCUAAAACCUUGUCAGUGCUGCCAAUCCCACUGAGAAUCAACUGAAACUUCUGAGUCUAUUCAGCUUUGAGUGCCCUUUAGCUCACGGGCAGCUGUCCUCAGACCACAGCCAAAAAAUGGCAAAAAGAGCCAAAUGAGUAAAACAAGUGAGUGGAGGAGAGUCUUUUGUCUAGAAAUAGAAAAAAACAAAAAAAAACUUGGAUGUAUUUUCUGAGAGGUUGGCAGACCACAUGAGGCAGAGAAGGUUAGUAAAUAUUGGACUUGGAUUUGCCACCUGAAAAGUACUUCUCCAGCUGUAUACCAAAUGAAAUUAAACUUGGGGUUGACCUUUGGUUGUCUUGCUAAUAUCAAACAUAUUGAGGGCCCCUUUUAAAGUCCACCUGCUUCAUCAUGACAAGGAUCUUCAACUGCCAUUGGGUGAAAGUAUAAAACAGAGCUAAAUCAUGUUUAAAUGAAAAACUAGUAUUUAUGGAAUAGAAUCAGACAAACUAACCUCAUAAGUAACUUCUUGUUAUGUGUCUGUAAACAGCCAAGCUUGAAUAAAAACAUAUCUUCAGUUUAUUCAGUGCAGAAAGUUAUCCUGUGUGUCUGUGUGUGUGUGUGUGUGGCUUAAUGAUGCCAUUAACAGAGAGCUCUUGAUUCAGUGGCAUGAAGAAGCAGCAGCAAUGGAAGGAAAAUACGAUUCCAUCAAAUGCUGCUGCAGCUCAUUAAAAACAAUGGCAAAGAUUUGCUGGUCUUUUCCCCUGAAACGAGUGGAAAAGGACUUUCUGUGUCAUCUUUCCAUACAAUUAAGGUCUUAGAGAGUUUAAUGCAGAAGUCCUGGCAGAGGACGAGCAUGGUACUGAGAUGGGGCCAUUUUCCUUUAGACAGAGGGAGGAGCAGCAUGGAAAUCCUUCAGCAGUGAUUAGUGCUUCAUUUGAGCUCAUUCUCUGUGUUUAUGAACAGGCUCUGAGCAAAUUAUUCUGAAAAUUAACGGCCUGGAAUAUUUUUAAUUCUUUUUGUUGGCUUUGCUCCUGAGGGUCAGUGGUGAUUUGUUCCUCUGAGCAGCAGGUACUGACUGUUGCCUCAUGGCAGACAAGUGUGUGCUGACGUAGAUUUCACUCUUCCUCGUAAAUGUCGAACCUUAAAGUGAAUGCGAGCUCGCAGUUCGCUAAAUGUUUUCCCAUUUUUGAUUGACAAGACACUUGAAAACAACACGAGGGACUGAAGGAUAUUUUCCAAUUUUCUAGAACUAAAUUGUCGCAGCUGAUUGUCAUAUCACAACAGAAACAUAACAAAUCAAAACAAAUCAAUAAAUCUUUGAAUUGGGGUAUGUUCACAGCUUCAGAUCCAUGACCAUAAAACAUCAGGAAAAGGAACACAGCAGAGAUUCAUCAUGCUCUCUGCCGAUAAGCCCUUCCGUUAAUACUAUUAAACCAUUGUGGUUGGCUUUGCUCAUCUCCCCAGGCGAUCAUUUUGGCUCAAGUGGUUUCCUCCUGAAACUUCGCCCUUUUUUGGCCGCCCGCUGAGUGGAGCCACGAUUUUGUGUCUGCAGAGCGAAAGCGGUAGUCUUGUGAAUCACUUACCGUCAGAUCAAAUGGGAAAUCCACCAACAGCUCACAGAUAUGCGUGACUUUGAGAAACUGACUUUUAAAUGAGCUUCUCAGGAGUUACUGCGAGCUGUCACCCACUCACUGAGUCCAAAAGUUAAAUUAAAAUAAAACAGAGGAGGAUCAGAGAGCAGCAGCAGCAGCAGCAGUAAAAGAGUGAAGCAGAGAAAGAUCUGGAUGGUUUCAAUCCAAAUUCCAUUAACUGACCCUCUAUUUCCAAUGUAGGACUGCUCAGUGGAUUUGACUUCACGUUGUGUCUCUUACCUGAGGCCCCCGUGAAGAUGUGUGCGUGUCAUUACCGAGCCCUGCGAGUGGAAACAGUGUGCUUUGAUAUUCCCUCUCGCAGGAAAACCAAGUCUCGCCUCUGUCUUUGUUCCCUCUGCAGAAUGUUUUCCACUGUGGCAUGUUGUCUUCAUUUGCUGGACUCAAGAAUCAGUCAGUCAAUCUUCCAGUUAUUUGCUUAAGCUGCUCUGCCAGAGUAAUGCUUUUUAAGCCUGCGAGGUCGAGGGAACUUUUUUCUGUGUGUCACAGCUUUGUGACAAUCACCCGUUUUCCAUUUCCACAGAUGAUAUGUUUAUUGUACAGACUGUCCAUCUGCCUGUUUCACUUCUGUUUUGAAUUAAGGAGAUCUUUUUUUUUUAAGUGCCUCUUUUGACAUGAACUUUGGAAACAGAGACAGGAGUUGACCCAGUCCUCUUCGAUUUUGGGAUAAUUCCUGACUAAAAUUUAGAUGUAGAUUUGACGAUACACAUUUGUCUCUUCAGAGGGAACCUUUUGAAGGGAAUACAAGCUUAUGUCUGAAAGUGUUUUGGUUAUAUCUUAACUUCUUCACUUGAAUUUGCUGUGGCUUGCUUCCCAUCGUUACUUAUACCUGACUCACUCUUCUUUAUUCAAGAAAUAAUCGCAGAUGAACAAUUUUACAAGGAGUGUGUUUCCCAUGUAUAUCCUCUUUAACUCGAGGAAGCUUUGCCCUGAAGAUUAGCAUGAAUAUUUAUGAUAAAACAUCGAAACACAAACACUGGAGGCUCAGUAAAUAUACACUGUGGUUUGUUGAAAUGUCUCUUACUUCCUCUUCUGUGAUCUCUGUUGAAGGAUUAUUAGUUUGAAUUCCAUCUAAACCACAUGGGAGGACUCUAUCUGAUGACUACCUGUGAGCAGCAGCAGCAGCACUUCUAGUAGCAGUCGGCUGAAUGCAGUUGUAUAUUUUGACUAGGGAGCCCCCCUCCUAGUCAUCUGCAGAGGAUCUCCCUCCGGCUGAGCCAUUCAGGGCCACACUUACUAUAACAGGCAGCGCUGAAUCACUGGCUUUCUGUUGCUCUGUCAUCAACGAUACGAGUAAAUCCGAGAAAACACUAUCAGCAUACGAAACUUGUCACAAGGCAGGCUCGACUCAAAUCUGCCUUUCACUUCUGGAUUAUUGAUGCGUGGAGCUCCAGCGUCGAAUGAAUGAGUGUGUCUGAACCAGAAUGUGUUGCUCAUCAAUAUGGGAAAUUAACCCUCUGUUUUAUGUGUAAUACUUUCUCGACCGUUUCAACCUUUUUUCUUUUUGAGGAGCUCUAGCAGAUAACUCACGAUUGUGAUAUUUAGGGAUUUUUUUUCUUAAUACUGAAAUUCAAACAAAGAACGGCUGAAGUAUCUUCUUCUUUAACGCGGGUUUCAGGGCUUGGAUGCAGAUUUACUCGCAAAAUAAAUCCAGUCCAGUUCUGCUCUGAAAAGCCCAAUAAUUAAAUAAAAAAUAUUAGCAAAUAUGUGCAGCUGGAAUAGCAAGAGUAAAGCCUUUGUGGGGCGGCCUCUUCCUGCAGAACUAAGCGAGUCAAGCAUGAUUUUCCCCGAUGUUCUGAUUUUUAAAAAAGUUGUGUAGCGAUCGCCCCGUGUCUCUUCUAGUGUUUCUGUCUUAAUCAGAGUGUUAACCUUUGCAAUAGUCCACAGCAGAAAGUGAUAUGCAUUUGCAAACGUCUACUCAUGUCGGUGUGUUGUUCAUAUUCCUGCGGCGUAAGAGAUUCACUCUCAUCAAUCAGCAGAGCGACAGAGUUCAAAUUGUGCAGUUAUAAAUUACAUUUUAGAAGACUGUAAAGACCUCGAACACCGCUCUUUGUUUAUCCCAGAAAUGUGUCAUUAACACGCUUGAUUAAGAUUGUUGCUGAAAGACUACUUAGUCUAUUUUAGGGGUUUUUCAGUUUCAGUGCUGUCUGUAUCAGGACAGUAAAAAAGUUCCCUCACUGUAUUAUUCUAAACAGGUUUGGCAUUUGGACAAAAGAGGCCUUUUAACUAGUUUAGUCUUUGUUGUAAAACAGCGACUCUGUUGUCCUCCAGAGCUGAACGAUGCUGUUUAUUCGUAGCACAUUUGUACCGCCUCACUUUCUAAAGGUCACGGCCUUUAAUAGAGAUGAGUAGACCUCAAUCAUAGUUUUGUUUUACUAUGAAUUAUAAGAGAAUAAAACUGAUGAAGCCGCCAUGUUGUCGUUUACUUCAUCUGUCAGUAGAGUGUUACUUAAACACAAAGGUAAAUGUUUGCUCUGAUAGUCACGGUGUAACCUUGCGAGUUCGUGGUGGUGCUGUGAGUGUGAUUGUGUGCGUGUGUGAACAUAGAUGACAUGGGAAAGGAAGAGCCUCCCACGCUAACAGGAUGAUGUGAGUGAUGGUGGCCAGACACAAAAGCAAGCAGCAGAAAACACAAAUAAAACAGAAGGUGCACCGAGGUAAAGACUCGAGCAGAAAUCCACUGUUCUGUUGACUCAUAUGUGCUCAAACACAGAAGAAAAACCUCAUUACGCAAACAUGAUCAAAUUUUAAAAUACAGUGAGGAUUCACCGUCAAAGUGAGGCGGGUUAUAUCUCAGUGAAGGAAUCGAAUAAGAGAUCAUCUUAUUCUCAUUUAAAGGGUGCAUUUGAGUCUGUGUGUCAUCCAAUUUAAAUAUGGUUUCUUUUUCUUGCGAAACACACACUUGGCUGCUCACCACUUACUGAGUCACCCCCCCACCCGCUUUUUUUUUUUUUUUUUUGAGUCCAGGUUACAGUAACACAUUUGUUUAUCACAGGAAAAGGGGUAAUGUGCGAUUUUACAGCUCAGAGGAAUAAAACCACGCUGCUUUUUGGACUGUUGAGUACAGGCAAGUCUGCUUGUAAAUCUCCCACUGUCAAACUGGGCUAGAGGUCUCUGCUGCACCCUCCCAAACCAGUUAGCCCAGUCUGAAGUGUGUGUGAGUGUGUGUGAGUGUGUGUGUGUGUGUGUGUGUGUGUGUGUGUGUGUGUGUGUGUGUGUGUGUGUGUGUGUGUGUGUGUGUGUUUCUCACCUAUAACAUCAGCUUUUAAACACACAGGGGGAAGCACACACACACUCACAUUGUCAUGAAGGAAGCAUCACAUUUUCCAUGAAUUCCCAACAAAUAAAACUCUGUCUGUUCUUGUGUCUUCCUCACCACGUCAAAGCACUCAGAGUUGAUUUACUUCACGGCUGCACUUUUACUAGCUCCCUGCUGUGUCUCAUGUGGUCCCUGUGUGAAUACUGAAUGGAGGCAGCAGAUGUAAAACAAUCACCCACGCUGGCUGAAAAAACUGCAGCAGCAGAGAAAGACUUAUCUGUUAUUUAUUUAGAAAGCGGCUCAAACUGAGUCGGAGGAGUAAUUAACCUCGCUGCGCCUGAGUGCCACUCGGAGCACAACAACACGGUUUCUCAACCCUAGUUUGGUUUUACACCGCCUCUCUGCCAUGCUCGCAAACCUCAUGAACAGGCCCGAGGAAAUGUACCACAGCACCAUUAAAGCUGUAAUGAAGUAACGGACAGGCCUGCCCCGUGCAGGACGGUGUUUAUAGCAGCCAGUGUGCUGUGGUAACUGCCUCAGCAGUUGUUAGACUCAGACAAAGGUCAGAACUGUGAAUGGAAUAGUUUCUCUCAUUUCUCAUGUCAGGAGUGAUUAUAUCCCACGUCAGAGUGGUGACUCUGUGAACUUUGGGGUUUGCCAGUUUGUUUGAGUUUUUCCACUUUGAGCUAUUGGCUGGAUGGAGUCGAGUUUUCAGUUUUGUGGGGAACUCAUCAUGGGGAAACACUGCCUCCUGCUGGAAAGAUCCAUGAACUUACACAGUAGUUUAUUUUGAAGUGUGACGGCUGAGAGAAGACUCUUAACCUUCCUCCUUUUGAUAGCUUUUACUGCGCACCCACCAUGUUAAGGGUCAGUUCUGACCUGUGUUUUAAAUCAGCUGUAAAUUACACUCAAAACAUUUCUCGACUAUCCAAGUUGGUUCUCAUCUCUAGAUGACCUUGUUGGGCUUCAUUAUCCAUGAAAAUAUUGAUUAUAAUAUUUUUGUUGUGGGCCUCUGGGCCUUUCUUUGUCAGUAUACCCCUCAUACAGACAUCUGUACUGAACUGAUCUCACAUAUCUGGGACUGGAAGACAAGAGUGUUUGACUGUGUUAGCAAUCAAGUUUUUAGAAAUGAACUUGUUACAAGUCAUGAUGUUUUAAGUGUACUGUCCUAUGGUAUGCUAUUUAUCAGGUCUGCUCAGUUGGGGUCAGUGAGUGAUCCGUUCACUGAAUUUUUAGAAGAAUUCAAACUGAACAUGCACCGUUCCUUCGCAAACCGCUGCAAUGAUGGGAUGCUGCGGGUUUAAUGCACUACUUGUUACAUGCUGUGUCCAAGUGUAUGCAAGUUGUUGUGGUGGCAAUUUAGCAAUUAAAAAAAAAAAAAAGGUAGUUUUGUCUGACAAAUAUGAUUCCAGAGUUUAUUUGACAGAGCAGAUACAAACAGUUCACUCCCCAGGAGAUUGAGCGUGGUCUCAACUUGUUCUUCCAUAGUUCAUUUCCAGAUGUAAUAAUGCAGUCUAUGCAGCUGAAAAACUAAGCUAAUUGAAAUCAUAAUUACGAUCAAAGGUUCAAUAAUUAAUCUGUGUGUUUGUUUUUCUUCCACAGUGAAUGAAAUCAUCGGCAGAGACAUGUCCCAGACCCCCAGCACCCACUGCCCUCCAUCAGCACACAGCCAGUCAUAGGUCAGCCGACGCUACAGCCCUCUAACCAACUAUCCUACAGCUCCAGCACCCCAGACCCUGGUACUGGUCUAGGUCCUGGUCCAGGUGCUUGUCCUGUGUGCAGACGAGGGAAAAGAAGAAGUGUGGUCAAAUUUGGUUCAAAGCCCCAUUAACCCACCAGACCAGCAGCCUGACUCUCUCAUCUGUCUCCUGUGAUUUCAUUCAGUGUCCAACACUUCUCUCAUUUGGAGAUAAAAAGUUCAUGAACUCACGUCUUCACUCAGAGUGAACAUUAAGAUGAGCCAGAAGAUGCACCAGUCAAAGCACCGCUGUCUUCCUGAUCAAUCAGCUCUCCUGCAAAUGGAGCUGAGACUGAACGGCUGACUUUCUGUAGUGGAGACAACACAGCAGUGUGUGCUGUCGCCCCCCCACCCUCACCCCACCCUUCUCACCAGCAUUGAUGUUUAUAAAUGAGGACAUCUGUGACAUCAAGAAAAAGAGGAGAGACUUAAAAAAGCGCCUGGUGCUUUCACAUGAAGCCACACCGGGAUCAUAAAAUGUUCCCAAGAGAUUUCUCAGGCGACAUCUUUUCAAAACGUCAGGAUAUUCGAGCUCCCAGGAUGCUAUAAAACACUCUGGUUAUGCUGAGCGAGCGUCAACACAAGUGACAUGACGAGAAGGUUGAAAAAUUGGAUUAUCAAAUUCAGAUUGAUAUCUUAGCAGAAAGUCUGAUGCGUCAGUCUGCUCGUGGCAUUAGUGAUGAUGACUAAUUUGUCCACUCCUUGUUUUUCUCCCUUUAAAAUAAUCAAGUGUUCAGGUGCGGGGUGCAGGGGCCCAGCAGAGGGGGGGUCCUGGAUCUGCAGCCUGCGACAUUCCACAAGUUUUCGCGACACUGCAGCCGUGUAGAUAUCUGUAUAUGAUCAAGCGCUCCCCUCCCUCUCUUUUCCCCCCUUCUGUGUUUCCCCUCCGUCGAGCUGAACAAAUGCCUUAUUGACUCUUAGCAGCUUUGAAUGAUAGCUGAAGCUUUUGGUUGUUGUUUUGCACAACUGGUUUUGAGUUUGACUGAUUUUUUUUUUUUUAAUCUUAAAUAGGCGUGCGACUAGUUCCCUGUGGAUCAGAUUUUUAUACGACUCCUGAUGAGGGGUAGGUAGGUAGGUAGGUAGGUAGGUAGGUAGGUGGGUUCAGGACUGAGUCGUCCCUCUUUGUCGGUUUUAUUCAAAGAUAUUAUUUUUAAAUUAUUUCCAUGUUACAAAGAAAUGCUCCGUGACUUGAUGGGGGAUAUUUCUUUGUUUAUGCAUAACUCCCCCAAAUUUUCCAGGGGCCCUUGUGUGCCUUCUUAUUCCAAUCAGCCUGUGAUGGCAGCAGCACGAGUCGACGUAUGUUGAGACAAAUCGGACUAAAUCAUAAAGCUCUUUAUCCUUUGGUUAUGUAUCCCCUCCCCCUCCUCUUUGUAAAUACUACAGCCAAUCCAUUUUCGCUGUUCACAAUCAGAGACCUCUUCUCCCGGUAGUUGGUAUCUUCUGAUCUGGCAGACGUGCUGUGCCUGUAGUUCGGCAGUAAUAACACAGUCCGUUAGAUUACGAGUGUAUUCAGGCAGGUUUCGGGUCAGUUUGUGUGGAUAUGAACAGACAGAUGCAGAUUCUAGUGUGGAGAUUUCCGUCUGUUUUUAUUUUUGUUUUGUUUUGUUUGUUUGUUUUUUUUGCCUUAAGCUUGACAAUGAUGCUCCUGCUGCGUGUGAGGAGCACAGCACGUUGCAAAAUGAUGGUUUGAAGUCAGUUUCCAGGUGAAAGUGAUUCUGCUAUGCAUUCAACUUCUGCCUAAUGCCUUUAAAAAAGAAAAUAAAGAAAAAAGAAAAAAAAGACCUUGAUGCCUGUAGAUGUAGACUGUAGACUUGUUGAUUGACUCUGUUAGCAUCCUGGAGGUGUUCAUCAGCCAAUCUGCCUUGUUAAGAACACAGUGCAAGUAUCUUUAUGGGUUUGGAUGUGUUUGUAUGGAUGGACGGUGUCGGUACCAAAUAUGCUGUACAGAAGACGGGACUUUAUAGAGUCCUUUUUUUCAACAACAGAAGCACACACGUGUAUUACGGCUAUGCAAACUUUAACAGCAGCAAAUGUGAGAUACAGGAAGAAAAAAAAGAGAUUAUAAAGUAUUUGUUAUAAUGUUGCUUAUGAGCUUCACAGAGCAGAAAGAAAGAAAAAAAAACAUUCAGAUAGAGAGAAUCAUGUCACUUUGUAAACUAUUAGGAUGCCUUAACUCUUGUUUGAAACCAGUUUGUCAGUGUGUCCGUCUGCUGUUCUGAGUUGAUUUUAUUUCCAUGACGAAGAUGUAAGUCAGUACCUAUUAUUAUUAUUAUUAUUAUUAUUAUUAUUACCUUUUGUUUGUUUGUUUGUGGGGAGGGGGGCACAGGGUGGGGGAGGAGAGGUGAUUGUUUUCAUGUAAAAGUUGCUCCUGCAGCUUGAAAGACUUGAGAGAAAGGAAACAAAACCAGCAUCAACAUAGAAACUCUGGCUGCCGUCCUCUUCUGUCACAACCAAAGACCGAACAAUAUGUUCCCCCUUUACAUUGAGGUGAAGCUACAGAGACUGUACCGCUCUAUUUUUGAUACUUUGAAAUGGAUGUCAUUCCUAAAGAGUUGGGGACAUAUAUGAGUGUUGAAUAUGUAUUGAUAUUUUUAUAUCUCUAUAUAUUCAUGCACACACACCCACAUAUAUAUACAUACACAUCUAUAUAUAUGUUUUGUAAAAUAAAAGGGAAAUACAGGUUUAGCCGAUGUUUACCGAGCCUUGUAUUGUCAUUUCCUGUAUAUUUUGUAUGUUACAUUUUUUGUAAUUUUUAAGACUGCAGUGCUUUUUGAAAUUAUUCAAAGGGAAUACCUUGCUUAUAAUGUAGGCUCUAAAGUAGUGUACGUCAAUAAAACCGAAAACUCAGACAUGCCUUUGUGUCAUUUACUUUUUACCUUUUUUUUUUUUUUUUUUUUUUUACAUUUCUUUAAAAAGUUCUUUCCUUUCCAAACAACUUAUUACACAAAAAGUAAUUAAGAAGACAAUUAACUGUAAACACAGGCACACCUGUAAAGCUUACUUUGGUAUUUAUAGGGGUUUCAUUAGUGGUGCUAAUUUGUGUUUAUAAAAAGAUAAAAUUCUGUUUAUGUUGUAGUUAUUUUGAAUUUGAAAAAUGUAAUCAGCACACAAGAUUUAAUAUUGAAAAUUGAUUUUUUUUUUUUUUAAUCAAAUAUUUUAUUUUUAUUGCAAAUUAGGGUAGAAUACAAUCAGUUUUAAUUAAUUUUUUAAAACAAAAGAAAAAAGAAAAAUAAGAGAAAAAUAUACAUAUAUAGUACAGGCCAAAGGUUUGGACACACCUCAUUCAAUAUUCAAUUUAUAUGACUAUUUACAUUGUAGAUUAUCACUAAAGGCAUCAAAACUAUAAAUGAACACGUGUAGAAUUUUGUACUUAUAAAAGAAGUGUGAAAUAACUGAAAACAUGUUUUAUAUUCUAGUUUCUUUAAAGUAGCCACCCUUUGCUCUUGAUGACAGAAGUACUUAAAGUAACCCUGACAAAGCACAGCUGUGAAGUAAAAACCAUUUCAGGUGACUACCUCAUGCAGCUCAUUGAGAGAACAGCAAAAGUUUGCAGCGCUAUCAAAAAAGCAAAGGGUGGCUACUUUGAAGAAUCUAAAAUAUAAAACAUGUUUUCAGUUAUUUCACACUUUUUUCUUCAGCACAUGAUUCCACGUGUUCAUUCAUAGUUUUGAUGCCUUCACUGAGAAUCUACAAUUUAAAUAGAAAUGAGAAUAAAGAAAAUGCAUUGAAUGAGAAGGUGUGUCCAAACUUUUGGCCUGUACUGUAUAUUUAAAAAAAAUAAUAUUUCAAUUAAAGAAAAUAGAUGUUUCCUUUACGGUUGUCGGGGUUAAAGGCUGAGUGAUAUUCUGUGUGUGGAGAGGACCUCCCACAUCAAAAAGUUAAAUAAUCAGAUUAAGAAAUUCAUAUUUCUGUCCUAAACUUAUCACUGGAUUUCUGUAAGGUGAUUUUUUUUUUUUUUAAAGGACCAAAGAAAGAACGUCUCAUUGUCAACAUGUUUAUUGUUUACAGUCUUAUACACAGAUCUAAAUUCAUACAAGUCUCAAACUUGCAACAAAAGAAACAAAUAUCUCCUCUGCCACCAGAGGUUGACACAGCCUCGUUUUCAGGGCCAGUAUUGCACUCUGGGUAAUGUAGGCACAGUAAAGAAGAAAAAAAGCUACAAUAGCUGUCAGCAGGCCUGUCACAGAAACAAAAAAAACUCAUGCAAUUUUCACACAGUACUUCGGUCUUCAGCAGGAAUCAAAGAGUGCUGCAGACUGAUGGUUAUAAAUAGUGUGGAAACCAAACAGGAGACGUCUACAAGCUGAGGUCCAAUGGUUCAGAAGGAUACGCCUGAGUCUUAUUACAUUUCACAACUCAAAGACUAUUCAUUCAAAUUAACUUGUCACUUUACUUUGUUAGAGACACGCUGUCACUCUGAGAGGGAAAUUAACGCAUAGUGCUGAAAAAGUCUAAAUAGGGUGACAUAGUACAUAACCAUUCACUUUUUUUUUUCUCCUUAAAAAUAAAGUUACUAAUGAGUUGGUACACUGGCACAUGUGAAGUUUUUCUUUUUUAUUCCUCUAUGGCUUUUUUCUUUCUUUUUUUUUUAAUGGCACCACUUCACAGCUAGAGGCCAUCAACCAAAUGAUCAUGCAUGUAGCUACACACACACACAUAUGUGUUUUGCAUAGUGGUUAAAAGUGAGCGUCAGAAAUAUAAACAGAAAACAAAAAGGUAAAGCAGAAGUGGUUUGUACUGCCUCAAGCAUAUCAGGAUGAACAUCUGUACACGUUCAGGUAUAUAGAGGAUUUAAAUAUACAUGCAGAUUUGGCUUUGCAGAGCCAUCGAUUCAGGUUUUUUUCCAGACUCCACACCAUCUCAUCUCCACAAGAAAAGCUGCAGCUCAACUUCCACAGAGGUGUAAAGUGAAACAGAGCUUCAACGACUUCACCGGUGGACGUCCAAACUCCGACAGCAGCUUAAGGAGUGUCAGGGUCAGCAAGGUCUCAUUUUAUGAUAAAUAGGAGUUGAUAGGAAGAGGAGGGGAUCAGCAGCUAUUUUUAGUGGCACAGUAUGGGGACAGAGAGGUCUUAAAUGAGGGAGGAGGAGGAGAGAUGAAGGGCUGGCGGUCAGUUACAGAAGGCCAAGUGGACCUGUUGGCCGUAGAAGGGGUGGUUGGUGCGCUCUGCCACAGCGCGCCUGGCGAUCUCUUCGCUGGGGAAGGUGAUCAAGGCCUCACCGCUGCACUGGCCACUAAAGUUAUACAAGAGGAGAACGGCGUCUGGCUGGAGCUGUGAAGAAAGAAAGAAAAAAAAAAACAACAUAUGACAUAACCGCUGUUCCCGCAUACACUUAACACCAGGGGGAGCGCACAAAGCAAAAGGAUGAACCGUUCCCUGGAAGAAAAGGUCUCAUCAAACCGGUCCAGUAAGGUAGGGGGAGAAAAAAAAGGAGAUUACUGGGUGGAGAAAAGAGGGGAAAAAAAACGAAGAGCACAUGCUGUUCCCAGAAGACCUGGACGCCACGAGCAGAAAUGAGACGAAUCACACAGAUUAAAGAAGUUUGCAUGCAAUCACAGCAUUCAUUAUGAUCCUGUUUGAUGCGUAGAAAUCAGACAUGCAUGACAAACACAACAAACCAUGAACUCCACACUCUGAGGGCUUAUCUUCAGAGUAACAGGUGGAGAGAGUGUGAGUGGGAUAAUGCAUGCGAAAAAGCAUCACAGGGAAUGAUUGAAGUGGGGAGGUAGACCCUCGAUGAUCAGGGGUUAGGAGCUGGAGUGCUGAAGACUGUUUUACAGAAUUAAUCAGACUAAAAUUGACCAGAGGCCCUCUAAACUUUGCUGUUUUCUUUGCACUUUUUAUGAAUACUGCUCGGUAUUUGAGGUAUUUAGCUUGGUGAAAGCUUGAGAUGUUUCUCCAGCUUAUGGGAAGUUCACUUACUUUCCCAUGUCAAUAAAAAUUCAUCAGUUCAGACCAGCAGUCUUAUUUAAAGACAUUUAGCCUGCUAGACAUCUGCUGUGGCCUGAGGUCACUUCAUCACAGGAUGAAAAAUGUCCCUAAUAACUCAUACAGUCUCUUAAGUAUGUUUUUCAUGUAUGUGUAUGUGUGUGUCUGUGUGUGUCGCAAGUCCAGACUCAGCACUCCCGGAAGACCCCAAGGGACAGACAGCAGAUAUGAGACGGAUCUGAUUGGAAAGCAGCGGGCUGACAUGCCGGGUCAGGAGCUCAGGGUUUGGAGGUUCAGAUUGGGCAUUCCUAUUUUUAUUAUUAGUGCUAAAAAAAAAAUCUCUAUUAGCCGAAAAAUGUGAUAACAAAACUUUAUGUGUAUGAAAUAACAACAUUCUGCUGCUGAACUCCAAGAAUUUCAUGUCCUAGGAGUUGUUGUUCAUUGUAGGCAGAACAGAAUAAUCAAAUUACAUCUAAUGCAAGUUAUUUUUUGGAAGGUGUGACGUUUCUGCAAGACGUGCAUAUGGGACUUCCAUUUAUGUGGAGACUAAAGUGGUGUCUGAUGUCAGAUGUAGAGAUAGGAUUUUGAAGUGAAGCUGGAACUGAAUCAUGUUUGAGUCCUUCAUUUUCAACUCUACUUGUCGUAACAUUAACCUUAAUGUCUGAAUAAUGACAUAGGGAUGGGAAUCGAGAACUGGUUCUUGUUGAGAAUCGGUUCCAAAUGGUUCAAUCCAUCAACAUCGUUUACAUUUCAUCUUAACGAUUCCCUUAAUGAUUCCUUUCUUCCGGUCAUCAGACCCUGCUGCUCCAUCUCAGCAACGGCAUGGAAGGUACGCAUGUCUUGUGUUAACUAAACACAGUGCAUGGCAGACUUGGACUUACUGAGUUAGAAGCGCGCCGAAAACACUCGACCUGACCCAAAAAACCCUCGAAAUUUUGCAUGCGACACUGCUUGGUCAUGUCCUCUUUUUGAGGAUCCAGAAUAUGGUCACCCUAAUUUGACUUAAUACUGACUUGAAUAAACGCUGUAUUAAUAGUUUGUUGUUUAAUUAUUUUUAGACUACUGUUAUCAGAGACUCAAUACAAUUUUGAGUUAACGAUGGAAACCAGAGUCUAUUUUUUUUUAAAUCAAAGAAAGGCAUUGAUAAGGAAAUCGUUAAAGAAUUGAAUCGAUAAGCAGAAUCAAUAAUGGCAUCGAUAUCGACAAAAUCUUAUCAAUUCCCAUCCCUAUGAUGACGUCACUGAACCUGCACUCACUGGGUAGUUUGAUGCUUGUCACACACAUUGUUUCUUUCACUAAGUUUUGAGUGAAUAGGAAAUGCCCUCUCAGUCCACCUUGGUCCUCUGGUCUGCAGCCUCUUCUUACCUGUGGGGGUGAGUCCCUAAAGACAGAGCCAUUCUUUGGGCUGAAUCAGACUCCUGGCCUGUUCGCUCAUCUGAACCAUGCCGCUGUACUCGUCAGGGGCGUACUACAGACAGCAUGACAAUGAACGCACAGUCAGGGAGGCAGCUUUUCCACAUUGUUUUUUUAAACAUAUUAGAGGACACAGUUACAAACACAACAAAUGAUGCAGAAGUAUGUUCACACUCCUGAAAACACACACCAAACCAGUAAAAUGAACACAACACACCAAAUACAGGCUGCACAGGCUUCAUGUGACCCACGCAGUAUUGUAGUUUGGGAAUGGGAUUGUGUUUAUACACACACACACACACACACACACACACACACACACACACACACACACACACACACACACACACACGGGCUGGUGUGGGAACUGUUUCUCACCCAGGGAGAGUGUGAGAGACGCUACUGCUGCCAGAAACACACACACACACACACACACACACACACACACACACACACACAACCUGUUAAGGAUACAAUUACAGUGGUUCAGCCAACAGUCAGCACAUGGGUCAGCUUUACUCUCUCUUCUCUGACACACACACACACACACACACAAACACACACAAACUUCACACAGUAACAUGCACCCAUCUCUCAGUAGGUAAAGCUCAUUAAUGUGUGACUCAAAAUGAGCUCUUCUUUAUCAAUUUGGCGCUUGCUCAGACCCACGCAGACCAAAAAGCAGACCCAAAAUCUGUUCCACAACAACAACAGUGCCACCCCUCCACCUCAAACCCCACCCACUUUCCUCCUCGUUCCCCCUCCGACAAACCAACCCGUCUGGAGCCACACCUGUCAGAAUCAUACCUGCUUCAGAGGACUCCACCUAAUUUGGACUGGCAGCGAAAUGUAUGGGAAGCACAAAGAAAGGGGAGAAGAGAGAGCACAAGUGCACACACGUCCCCUAAUUAGACACUAGUGUGGAGAGAGUUUGCAGUAACAAGCAGCUAUGGUAAAUCUUUAGUAGCUGCGGGGCGCGGAGAUCCGACAGCUUUACUGUGUGGGAAGAGUUCACGUUGAACAGAAUUUAAUCACACGGGCUGCCUGUCGUCAUUCAGAUUAACAUUCACAUGGACUGUUAUAAUACUGUGACUGCUUUCAGAUGAUUAUCUCACUGUGGCCAACACCAACACACUUCAAUAACUUUAAGCCUGCGUACACCUGGUAUUGACACACAUCCUCAUGGGUGGAAAGCUUUUCUGUUCUCAUUAAGACAAGCAAAGAGAAGCCGGUCAAUAUGGACCCGCUGGAUCAUGAAAUCAAAACUUCCUAUGAGACGAUAAUCUCUGAUGUUGGCUGCAAACCCCAGAGUUGGAAAUGACUUUAAUACAGAGGUGGGAUGAAAUGCACUUGAGGCUGGUACAGUGUUGUUUUCGUUGACGAACAAAAUAUUUCAUCAAUGCCCUUUUUUCCCACGCCGAAGACGUGACGUUGACGAGCUAAACAUAAGUCUUAGAUGACUAAAAUGUGACGAGACGAAUGUACGUUUACGUUGACGAGACGAGACUAGAUGAAAAAGUUAGUGGUGGAUGAUGAACAGAGUUGCAAAAUUCAUGAGCAUUUCGUCAGUCAAACGAUAAACAUUUAUUCUGCAGUGUUGUUUUCAUUGACGAUCAUCAACGUCAUCGUCAAUGAAAACGAUGCGCUGGUAAAAGCUCAGAGUUACACAGAAGUUAUUGUGAAAUGUGAGGUUAGUUGUAACACAAGUGAGUGUGUUGUGGCUGUUUGCUAAGAGCUCAAAAGCUUGGUUCAUCAAAAGAGACUGGGUCCAUGUUUUAAACAGUCUACUCUCUAUUUGUAAAGAUCCACCUUUAAAAGAUAUCUGUGCCCCUUAAAGUGCUGCACUAUUAAAAACGAUAAUAAACUCCUUUAGGGUCACAACUGUCAUCCACAGCAGACAGCAUCAUGCCUGCUCUUGACAUCCCAGUAAGAAUCAUCAUCUGGGGAAUUAUCAGUUUUUCAUGCAGCUCUUGAAACUACAAGCAUGAGCCUGGAUGGAGUGAACAUUAAAACAAGCCUCAUCAUUUCCCAGUGCAGAGAGCAAAGGGGGCCGAAGGUGUGGACAGAAUUGCACACACCACCAAAUAAACAUGGACAAAUCAUCCCUGACCACCUCUGAUCAGGUUUCUAUCCCUCUGUCCAAGACACAUUUACUCCUAUAGGGUGUCAUUUUAGGUAUCACGUCUACACAGAGGCAUAUAAUGGAUUUGUUUCAUUUCUGACCUGGUAUCCCUGAAAGAAGCUGAGAAUGUCCUUGACUCCAGUGUUAUAGGGUAGACCCUGCAUCCUGACCAGGGCCCCGGGCUGAGGCAGAACAGAGGACGCCGCGGCUGCAGCGUGGUGAGGUUGGGCUGCAACUGCUGCCACUGCUCCUGGAGGAGCUGCAAAGUAGCUGACUGUGGAUGGAGAGACGGGAGGGCUGGAGAGGGACCAAGAAAAGAGAGAAAACAGGUGAGAGGUGUGACUCUCUCUUUUCUGUAUCAACAGUGACCUUUGGCGAACGGCAAACUAACCUGGGGUAGUAGGCUGUGUAGUUCAUGUUCAUGUUCAUGUACAGGUGCGGUUGGUGGGGGUAGUAAGCCAGAGUGUGAGCCGGGGUGUGUGCUGUGGUCUGGGCAGGUCUGGGGGCAGCCAGCAGGGGGGGCUGGUAGAGGGCGGCCUCAGAGAGGAUGGCAGGUGGAGUUGGGAAGGCUGCGUAGGCUGUGGGAGGAGACAGGCCUACAGAGCAACACAAAGACAAGCACAUCCACAGGGUCAGGUCAUUUACAGGCUGGGUUUCAGGGAACAUGCAGUCCUGACACUUUCCUCAGUCUCCUCUUUCAGCGUCAAAAAAGCAGGUUUGAGUGAUCUUGUUAAUCUGUCAACUUCAACAGCAGGUCUGACAGAGUCUCUGCGAUUUUAAAAAGCACAUGACCCACAGAAUGACAAAAACACUUUCUGUGCAGCAAGUUUUUGUUUACAAAGCUCUGUGUGUCCCUUCAGGCUGCUGUACAAUGUAAACACACAAACACACUCAUGACAAUAUGGUUAUAUUUACACACAAACAGCCAGGAUCAGUGUGAGGCUGUGGGCAGCAGCGCACACUGACACACAACACUGUUGACCUUGAGCAAGUGUUUCCAGGUGCAAAGAGAUCUUACACUGACUCUGCAGAAACUCUGGUGAAGACGUGUGAAAAGAAAAAUCGAGUAUUUGAAAAAGAUUUACUUCAAAAAAUGGGUAAAGCUUUCUUUUACGGUACACUUAUUACCAGGUAAUUAACAGGUAAUUACCUAGUAACAAUAUGAAAUUAUCUGGUAAUGACAUGAUAACUUCUUUUUUUUUCUGUGCAGCUCCAUUUUCAAAAGCUAUUUGGGGUUCUUACUUUCUAUUAUUGAUACUUGAUACAGCCUAUGGGCGUGCAAAGAUUGCGUAGAGGUAUGCUGUUUGAGCCGAGCGUUAUCACAGUGACUCACCCGCCUGCGCAAGUGGUGGUUCCAGGAAGCAGAGAAAAUCCUGGAAAUACCAGAGCAACUUGGCUUCAAAUUUGUAUGAUGAUGGAAGGUUACCUGCCUGGUAGCUAGACAGUAUUGACUUUGUAGUUAUCAUGUAAUUACCAGAUAAUUUCAUAUUGUUACUUGGUAAUUACCUGUUAAUUAUGUGGUAAUAAGUGUACCGUAAAAGAAAGCGUUACCAAAAAUGUGUAGGUGUGCAAACGCACAGAAAACUCAAAACUGAACGGCCUACUUCUCUCUAGCAUCGCCAAUCUUGAUCUAAUCUCCAACACCAAAGACGGAUAUGACAGAGCAAAGUGCAAAGUUAGUGUCACAUUCAGUCCAGGCAUCACGGUGUCAGGGCUGGAAAUUAGCUCUACAGUGUGUUUUCAAAAAUUAAGCUUCUAUUCACUAAAACGUGAAUCUAUCUACAGAGCAGCAGCACAAAGUGGAAAUCAAACCAGCUGCUUCUCGCUUGGGAAGAAUUAUCAAGUAAGUCAGUGUUCCACUAGGUGUAAAUAGAAAUAUUUAUAAUCAACAUUUUCUUUACAUCCUCAACAAAAUACAGAUAAUUAUAAAAUAGUGCAGUAAAUAAAGGAAGAGCAAACACUAUCUUUGCCUUGAUAAACCAUUUAGUAGCCUCGACUCACAUGGGAGUUUGCAGGGUGGAGGGGAGAGGCCGCUGCGGUUCAGGGUUCCUCCCAUGAGCACGAUGCUCAUCUCCUCUGUGGAGCACUGAAACACCUCCACAUAGCGGUCCUUCAUGGUCUUUUUAUGGCACUUCUGGGCCACCAUAAACGCCUUCUCAGAAGACUUCAUUUGGAUGAAAGCAUCACCUGAGGGCCGACCCUGCAGGAUACAGAGAUCAUCAACAGUGAGGACAUAAAAAUGCAAGGUUAAAUUACAAACAAUGUUUCAGGAGUUGUCUCUCAAAACCAAAAGUUAUCAAGUGGGUUUUGGUAAAAUAACUAGAUUAAGAAGAAUAAACUUGCUGCUUUUCAUUCAAAAGCAGCAAGUUUGAAUAUCAAAGAUGAUCAUUUAUUUACAGAUCUGAGUUUUACUGAGUUUUACUGUCACACAUGUUCCUGAGCCCUGAGCUGUCUAACCUGUUGGUUGAGGACCAUGUGUACUCCAUGAGGUUUAAUGUCUACUGUGUGUUCUCCCAUAAACUCCAGGAUAUCUUCGAUGCCGGCGGUGUACGGCAGACCACGGAGGCGGACACAGUCUCUCGUGCUGCUAGCAGCUGGGAGGUAGGGAGGCGUGGUGAGGACCGGGACAGGAACGAUGGGCGAGGGGGGCAGUGUGGAGAUCAGAGGUGUGGACAUGUAGCGGUUCAGAACCUGGAAAAGAAGAAGAGUGAUGGAGAAUUGACAGAACCACAGAACACGCAAGAAACAGAACAGGUUUUAAUGCCAUUCAGUAACUCACUGUUUAAAGAUCUCUCUAGCUUAUUCGACUGAGAGCACUUACCUGUUGCACCUCGGCUGCAGUGCUCCUGAACAGCUCUAUGUACCGCUUCCCCAGGAUCUGCUUGUGCUUCUUCAGGGCGUUCUGAGCGUACUCCUCACAGGAAAAAAGGACGAAGGCAUCGCCAGUGGGACGUCCAUCUGGGUACUUGACAAACAGCAGACCCUCGGCGCCAUCUGUAACAGGACUUUCUGGACCAAGGAAGGACAGCACCUCCUGAGGUGUGGCUGUGAAAGGUAACCCCCGCAUACGGAUGAUGACCUGGUUCUCUUUGGACAGGAACUGGGCCACCUCAUUGGAUGUACCUGAAAUCAGGUAGCAGCAUGGUUACACAAGAGACAAUCUCACAGACACUCAUAGAUGAUGUCAUUAAACCAUUGUAUUUAUUGUUUUAAAUGUUAUACUCUCAUCCAGUUCCAAUAAUGUAAAUAUUUCACAAGAUUACUUUGACCUACAGGGGCAAAAAAUCGGGUCAUAGCAGCUUCUUCUUUCAAUCAUAUUUUGUAUUUUUGUCUGGUUGCACCUUUCCUACCUAAACAAGAAUGAAUCAAAUACUAAACUCAAGAUUUCCCCUCAAUGUAACUGAGAAAAGUGGAAUAAACAAAAGCAAAAGUCAGACGUUCACACAGGCUAAAAACUGACUGUGCACAUAAGAGGAUGUUGACUCAACAGUUUUCUUUUUGUGUCGCACACUCACCAAAGUCUGCAAAUAGGCCUUCCUAAUUUGAAGGUGUAAAAACACAUUUGGCCUCAAAUGAUGAGAAGUAUGCUAUUGUUGACUGAUAUGUAACUACGCAAAAAGUUAUAACCAGACUGUGAGAGAGUAUUUGAAUGAGCUCUCACAGGAUCCUUGUAUUACCUUCAUCACCCCAAAUUCAAGUCUUUAACCACUGUGGCUAUGACAGUGGGAUUUUUUGUUGUUCUACAUAAUACAGAAAAAUCUGAAAAAAUAUUCAGUAAAAAAAAUAAAAAAAAUAAAUAAAUUGAUCCUCUCAUUUUAAAAUCUUAAAUAAUUUACAAAACAUCUACGAUGAUGCCAAAUACUCUGAAUGUUUUGGACUGUGUAACUGAUUUCUUGUCUGCUCCAACUAUUUGCUUUAAGUCCAAUGUGCCGUCAACCUGCGCCGAUCCUGACACAUCGGAUUAAAGUCCACAGUCAGAGCGGCAGCCUCUGUAAGUUAUCUGCUGCCAGUGACUGAGUUUCUUUGUCCGCUAUCUCUGUCCUGUGUUGCUGCAGGCAGCUGCUCUGUGGUCCAGAGGCCUCAAGCCCUCGCUUUGUCUCUUCACACUUUCUUUGUACUCGCUUUGAGUCGGUCCUUUUACCGGCCGUCAGCCUCCUCUCCCUCAGGGGGGAGUGCAGCUCCAGGCUGAACCGGACAGGUGAGCUGCUGUUAGCAGAGGGUGAAAUUUCUUUCCAACUGGGCUCUGAAGCUUUACUCUGGGGAUCUGGUGGGGGUGAGGAAAGAGAUGGAGGGAGGUGGGGGGGGAAGUUCCUCACAAAGCGCCUUUUAUUAGUCAGAGAUAAGCUGCUGGAGAGUCGGAGUGAUGAGGCAGAGACACCGGUAACAGGAGAGAGACCAGCAGAGCACAUGAGAUCUCCUCUUUUACACCCGCUAAAGGGCUGCUCUUUUAUAGAUGUGGAAGGGUCUUGUUUUUCCUCAGAGAUGCGAGAAAUCCAUGAAACAGAAGUCUACCUUCGACCAAACAGGAAGUCUUUCACUGUGAGAUUUAUGCAAACGUGGUGAGAAGAGGAGAAAAAAAUCUGAAAUCUGACCUCCAGCAAUCUUGAGGAAUUCCUCUCCUGUGGCUUUGUAGACCUGCAAGACAAGAGGAAACUAGAUUAAACUUUGAAAUACUAAUCCGUCCAUUGGAAUUUAAACUUGUUUUUCUUCCUGACAAGCGGAAAAAGUUAGCUACAACAAAAUUAGGACACUAUUAAGAUCCAUUUGAGCAGAAUAAAAUCGAGUCUGAACACGCCGAUAACCCAUGGAUCUCAAAACGGGGAUCAUGUUUGGCUGAGCAUGAUGUCAAACACGCAAUAGAAUCACAGCAAGUGACAAAUACUGAAUCUGACCUCGAUGUAGCGGCUGCCCAUGUGGUGCUUGUGGCGCUCCAGGGCCAGGUCUCUGUGCUCAGAGUUGAUGAAUCGAACUAAAGCCUCGCCGUUCCUCCUGCCCUGAGCGUUCAGACACAGGGCCACGCCACCUCUGAAACCCAGGAGCACACAAACACACGCGUGAGUAUGAACCCAAAGAGCCACAAUCAGGAACAUAACAGUUUUACAUUAUGGGGAGUAUUUUUUUUUUGGAGUAUUUUUUUCAUUUAUCCACUGCCAAUUGCUGCACAAAAUGGUCAACAAUACUUUCCCAUCAGUACAGUAAAAGGUAAGGCCAAUUAUGAUACAUCUGGGCAGAGCCAGCGCUGCUUAAAUAUGUUACAGGCAAAUGUUAGUUGAAACCCUCAGCUGAAACCAACUGAAUAGUUUUACAUUGAAAACAGGAUGCUGAUAAAUUGGAAACAAAAGGACAGUUGAUCCACCAGGACAUCAACCUUUACAUAUUUCUGCAGAGUUCCUAUUGGACCUUUUGAAAACUGACAGACAUUCAAAGAAGGAAAUUGAUUUUGCAGACACAUGGAAAGAAAUGUAAAAACAGUUUGUUUUAUAAUGAGUUUAUGAGAAAUUGUUGGUUGUAAAUAGGCUUCUGGAGGAUUUAAAUCAAGUCCAACAUACUUGGCGAUACUGAGGCCUUUAAAGAAGCGAGCAAUAUCUUGGUCUGAUGACUGCCAUGGAAGCCCUCGUGCUCUGAUGACCGUCUCACUGUCCACCGGCUCUGUCUUACUGCUUAACAUUGAGAAAAAAAUAACAUUAAUGCCAUUAUGAAAUUCUUUAGAUAGUCUGAACGUUUACAUUAAAUUACUACGAGAAUCUCUGCAGGUGACUUUAACUCUUAGCAAAGAAAAAAAAAACUCUACUUCUUCUCUGGUUACAUUUGAACAAAUUGCCCACAGCCUGCAGACACAGAGGCCACUCACACUAAGUGCUCAACACAGUAACACACUCCCAUGAUUAAAUGUCGGGGGGUUGUCAAGGUGACAGGCUUUUGACUGCAGGAUUUGGUGCUCUGCUACAAGAUAACCCAGGUAAGCACUUGAUGGCAAAGUUGGACAGCUUAAAUAACAUGCUCUCCUGGUUGGCUUCCUUGUUGCUGUAAUCAAUGCUAAAGGUCUGAAUUUGUCUAGAGGGGCUUUUAGGCUGUAAAAAACACUGCUGGCUCACUGGUGAGGCAUAGACACACACACACAUAUGUAUAAAUUUAAACAAAAGUUCAUACGUACCACGUGCCGGAAUCAAAUUUGUACUUCACAGUUUCAACACAGGAGAACUUGUGAUCUGAAAAAAAGAAAAAAGAAAAAAAGUGCAUGUAAAACAAUACUCUGACUCUGCUGCUGUGAACAGGUUCAUCCUGCCAAGCAGAGUCUGUUCAAGCUCUCCAAAUUCCUGUUUCUGAUCACACGCAAAUACAUACUUGUCUGUUAAUAAGAGGGUAAAGCCUGCGGGUUGUAACUCAGAUAUGUUCAAAAACACUAAAUCUAAAUUUGAUUUAUUAGUGCUGUCACAUAUAUGGAGUCUCUUUCUACAGCCUUACUAACAGCAGGCCAUCACUGAGUGGCGAUUACGUUGUACGCAAAUUUUAAAAUGUAAUCAAACUAAACAAUGCCCGAACUUUUUAUGUCUCAUUUACUUUGAAGUUAUUGUUUGAUGAUUCAGAAGCUACCACACCUUUAAGUUGAAUAAAAACAAACCAAAAAGUCAGUGAUAAUGUUGUUGUUAUUGUCACUCCUGCAGUCAUGGUGCUGAUUAUAGAAACCAAAACCAUCAGGUGGCCAAAGCAGGCUGGUUCACAGUAAUCACUGCUUGUGAACAACACAUGCCACUCCACUGUCUUUAUGUGGACAUGUCAUUUUCUGCUUUCAGCACAUCUCAGAGUUUAGUCUCAACCUUUCAUUCAUUUGAUUUUGGUGUCUUUGGAUUAAGGAUGUUAACAAUCAAACAAUUUUUUUUUCUGCAGCUGGAUUGGUUAAGACCAAGUUGAGUAUCCAAAUAACACCUGACCAUUUGGACAUGAUUAUUUUUCAGAUAAAUUUGGUGCAAAGUGUGGUGGUGACUUACUGUGGGGUUCAGCCAGGAUGCAGAGCGUCAGCUGCACCAUGCUCCUCACCUCCUUCACCCCAAACAUCUGCUCUGAUACAGCAGGAAGACCCACAUCUGCAUAAAUACUUAAGGACACCAACAAGUUGAACUCGUCUAGCUUGACUUUGUAAAACUUUGAUAUGACAUUCAAGGCUGCAAGGAUUUUAUGCCUGUACUUUCUAUAUCAGGGACUCUGCAAAAGCCAUCACAUCCUAUAUUAAUAAGAGGUGAUUAUAAAAAUGCAGCUCUAACACAGAGGCUGGCAAAAAGGAUACACUCCAACAUGGAGUCGAGUGUGAGCUUCUGCACAGGGCCAGCAUUGGGACAGCAUUUAUGAAACUCCUUCCUCACGUCCACGAAUGAAAAGAAACACUCAGGAAGGACGAGGUUCUGAAGAGGAAGUGAUGAAGAGAAAAGAUAGUUUACAGUAUAAAAUUUUCAUAUAUCGCAGAGAUGAGAUAGAAGGCUGAGGAGAGACGAAGGCGUUUUGUGUAAGAGUAAUAUCCAAGUGAUAUUAAAAAAGAAGCAAAACAAUCAAUUAGGUCAAAUCAUGACUUCUUGCAAAUGAUCAAUGCUCACAUUUACAAGGGAAGGAAAUGAUACUUUGAUGUUAUCUAUAAACACUAAGUUAUAUGAGCUUAAAGCCGCAUUUAUUCGUCAUACAAGUGGAGCAAGAAAAGAUGCGUUUGUGAAGAGAGACUACAGCAAUUUCUGAUUAGAAGUAGGCAAAAAACACACUACAAACAUGUUUUCAAUCUAUUAUUUAAUAAGGGGCUCUUUUUAUUGCUAAAUAACUAACAAUCAAUGUAAGUGUUGACUUUAACAAAGCUACUCUUAGUUUCUCCCCAGAGGCAGUGCAAACAUCUCGUACCUUUUUGGAGGCUUCUGGGUGGAG